GUUCUGUGACUCAGCUGGUUGUCGCCCAGUUUGUCCUCCAGCGGCUGCCGUACUGUGCAGUCUGCACUGGAAGGUCGGGUGGCAGAGGUUACAGCUGCACCACGUGUGUACGUGUGUGUGUAUGUGUGUGAGAGUGUGUGUCUCUGCGUGUGACCGGCCGGCUCAGUCCUUCUAACAAGCUCCACAGACACUCGCCAGCCCAGCGUGGAGGACAUGGUCAGCAAGACAGAGGAGGCCGGCAUGCCGAGCUGUGCUACCGCCGCACACCCCCCACAGAGGAGCCCAGGCCCCUGCUGCGGUAAUAACAUGGGUCUGCAUGGGGGGGACGGGACCCUUCACCACCCAGGGGGGCUCACUGCAUGCUGUCUGACACUGUAACCACAUACCUCAGUGACCACCUUCCUCUGUGGGGAGCUCCAGCAGCCCUGGAGAAACAUUCCCAUAGAGAUCAGCCAGCUGAAGGGUGGCCGAUAGUCAUGGGAUUCAUAGCUUGAGUUCCAAAGCUUCCUUUCACUAACAGUGACUUAGAGGGCUGUGUAGGACAGGCAAUGACACAGGGAUUGGGGGGGAUACAGCUCAUUAUGGGGGUCUUGUCCACACACUCACUACAGAAAACUGCAGGAAAAAUACUAAUGGAUGUGUCAGCUUCCAAUGAUUUUGCAGUAUUCAGUUGACUCCUUUUGUCAUGGAGUAACCAGGAUGUACCUGGGGAAGGUUUUGAUGCUAAGGCUAAUACAUUAAUGUAAAGUGGGUGAGGGAUCAGGAAUAUGCACUUCAGUUGUUUAUAGUGACUUGUGACAGUAUCAGAGGAGAAAAUGCAGUCUGAUCAAUCCCCAACUUUGCUGCAGUAUAGAUAGAAGCCUUGAUGCGGUAAUGCUAUGAAUUGUGAUGCCCUCCUGCAGGUGAUAUAUUGCCUUGUUGGCAUGCCUGUGUAGAAGUGUUAUACAGAACUUCGCAUAUAAUGUCCUGUCUGCUCAGAGUAAUAUUCCCUUUGCAUAAGUAAAUAUGUAUGUGGCUGUAUUUUGAUUCUUUUUCAUUCGUUUAUUUGGUGGUUUCACAUGCCUAUUAAAGUCAUUAUCAGUCGAGUUGCUUUGAUCUUAAUUUUCUUUUAUUUGUAAACACAUGUAUUCUUGCACGUUGCUGUAAGAACGUUUAGGUUUAUAGAGAGGGUAUGCAGUAACUGAGCUGCUAUUUUUGUGUAAAUGUAUAGCUAUGCAUCAAUAGUUGGAAUGUGUUUUUACAAUCCAUGGGUCUGUGUUUAAUCUAAAGCAAUGACAGUGAAAGAUUGUUUAAAUUAUACAUCUGACAGGCUGUUGUGUUUAAUGAUUAAGUCUCCUGUGCACCAGCAGUGGUGUAAAAUACAUGACAUCCUACUGUUGGAUAUAAAGGAUGAUCCCAGUGUAGUCCAGACAUAUUUCCACCCCCCUCCUUCAUUGGAUCUACUAUGUAGUCAGUGCAUGGUGUUAAAAUGGCACUUCUCCUUGGGGCUUUGUUUGUUCCAGUUACUAAUGGCAUAUGUCCUCCAAUAACUGUGAUUUUUAAAGAAGUUUCAUAGGGACUCACACACUCUGCUAGAAGUGCUUCUCCCAUAACUGCCCCUAAUUUGUAGUGAAAUCAAGUGAAAGGGGUAGCUGAUAGAUCACACACUGUUCUAGAACUACAACUCCCUUGAUGCUCUAUCUUUCCAAUACCUGGGACUCUAUAUUGUAUUAGGGUAACUCCCAUGGGACAUGUAAGGUGGCACUGUCCCUUUAAAGUCACUAGGUGUGCUCCUGUGGCACAUGCCUACUUACAGGGCCGCCUGUGCCCUGGCCAUGUGCAGGUGUCUGGAAGAAGGAGGCAACCAUUGGCCUCACAUGGGUGCUUUGACAACUAUCAGUAAAUGAAGGUCACCUUCACUCGACCGUACCAUCUACUGACGGGGGGGUCACAUAUAAUCCAAGUAUUACAACACGUGUAUCUGACUAGCAGACAGUUAUAUUAGCGACGUCUGUGUGCUAGUUAUAUGUUGGAUGUAUUUAUUAACUUUUGCAGGUUUGAUUAGAAGGAAGUUAGUAAGAGUAAUUGCCUGAUAGAGGCCGCCCUCCCCCCAUGGAGGUUUAUCACAAUGGUACGCUCCGUGACCUGGGAUGUUGUUUGAUGGCGCGCUCUGAUUGGCUGUGACAGUGUGGGCGGAAGAGCAGUGACAUAGCUGGGCUUGGCUGGGUUAACUCAUGCUGCUUCCUGGCAAGGGAUGUUGAGGCUAAUUGGUAUUUUCUGGUUUCCUGUAAGAAUCAUGCUGUCAGCUCCCUGGAUAAACCCUAUUCUCUAGCAAAAUGUGUGAAUAUGCACUAAAGUUUAAAGUGAAUUUUAAUUUAUUCCCCCCCCCCCCAGUUCAACUAUUGGGGGCUUAACAUGUACUUUGAAUUUUUGACAAUUCACACUCUAAGUGAAUAACCCUGCCUAGCUAGCUCCAGGACUUGAUAGUUCUUAUUAUUUCUAUUCUAAGUAGAUAAAGCUUAACUGACCUGCCAGUAUGCAUUGAUUGCGAGGUUAGUUUGCAAAUAUGAAGGCUUUGAUACAUUUGUCAGUUUGUUAUAGUGUGCAAAUGCGAAGCUCUUGUUGCAAUGUGAAAACUAAAUAUUAAACCCAUUUAUUUAAACAUUAACAGUGUAUCUAAAAAGUUGUAUCCAAGACAUUUAAGCAGUGUAUUCAUAUUUCUAAUGAUUUUUUUUUUGUCAGUCUUUAUCAACUAUAUAGCUUGCUUUACGUCUUCAAGGAAAACUACAGUGAUUUUUUUUUUUUUUUUAUUCACUAUUCAGUAGAUAUAUCGCUAAAUAAAACAUAAUUAUUUGUUCUGGAUGUUGUCUUUGGGGGUUUAUGAAAAAUCAGCUUGCAAAAGCUGCAGAUCUCCUUUCUCCACCCUUUGCAAGGAAUCACCUUUACCUCCAUAGUGGAUUGACUUCUCAUUGAGAUAACUCUGUGGUCAAGCUGCCAGCAUUCCCCAGAUGUGUAAUAAAGGAGGGUUUCUAUUGAAAUUGGCACUUUUAUAAAUUGAAUUAUUGCUUUAUCUGUUCUGAUUAAUGCUUUAUGGCAGUUUCAGAUCUGCUAUGAGCAGUUUUGUGGUGCAGCAUAUUUUCAUCAGUGUGUAUCCCUAUAUACCCUCUUCGUGUGCCGAGAUAUUUUCAGUCUUCACUUGGUCUUAAAAUCAAAUUGAGCUUUUUCGCUUUAACAAAUCUUAUCAUGGAAAAACCAAAGAAAAACAUGUUACCUGGGCUCUCUCCUUUUAUCCCUAUGUAUAUUUAGACAAAUGGAGGUAAUUUAGUUACUCCAAUGGCCAUUGGAGGGAAUACCCGCCUGCCAGCAUCAAGGCAGACCCCCGUAAGUGGGUCCUACGCUGACCCUUCAUCUUGCUUCUUGGAGCUUCUGGCAAAAAUCUCUAAUGAAACAGAAAGGGGUAUUUUUUAUAUACACCCCUAUAUAUUUAUUAACCCUUAAAAGGGAACACAUGGGAUGGGCGGCAGCAUUGUAACAAGGCUGAGUGAUACAAAAAAUUGAUACAAAUGCAGAAAGUUAAGUCCUGCGCUCACUCCCAUCACUACUGGACGGCAGCAAUGACUACAGUACACAUCAGCCCCAAUAUAUAGUAAAAACCAAAGAAAAACAAGUUACCUGCGCUCUCUCCUUAUGUAUAUUUAGACAAAUGGAGGUCUUUUCAUUGUUUUUUCUUAUAUAGUGGGGCUGAUGUGAACUGUAGUCAUUGCUGCUGCCCAUUAGUGAUGGGAGCGAGUGCAGGACUUAACUUUCUGCAAAUCUUAUCAUGGGUUACUAAGAUUUUCAGAUCCUUUCUAUAGUCAUUGUGCAAUAGAAACCAUAUUUGUGAACAUAUUACAGAUGCUCACACAUGCAUGAAACGGGAGACCAUAGCAUGCAGGUAAACCAAAGAUAUGGUCGUACAUCCUAAGAAGUUACCACAGUACUAGCUUUCCGAGCGGAGACAGGUCUGACAACCAGGUUUUUCCACUUAUCACAGUAACUGUAAUGGUAUUGACAAAGCAGUUGCGUCAUUGGGCAUGUUGGUCACAUUAUGUACACUCAUGUCAUGUGUUGAAUUCUGGGCUGCGAAAUGGUUGCCCUCUAGUUACAAUCUCUGUGAUUAUUAGUCUCCGUUAUACAUCCUAAAAUUUUUUUUUUUUUUUUUUAAAAACCUUACCUGUGAAUGCUCCUCGUUUGCUGCAUUUUCCAUAAAGAACAGGAAGUAGAUUUCAUAGCCUUUUCUCUCAUUAUUUUCCGCAUGUAUAUCAUGUAUGUCCUAUACUUUUCUUGUUAAUGUUAAUGCAUUUUAUUAGCUGUUCCAGAUCGCUUUAGUUAUUAUUAUUAUUAUUAUUAUUGUUGUUAUUCUUGCCAUUUAUAUAGCGCCAACAGAUUCCGUAGUGCUUUACAACAUUAUAAGAUAAAGGGGAUUUAACUAUAAAUAGGACAAUUACAAGAAAACUUACAGAACGAUAUGUAGAAGAGGACCCUGCUCAAACGAGCUUACAGUCUAUAGGAGGUGGGGUGUAAAACACAAUAGGACAGGGAAUAGCAACUAAAUAAGGUGGGAGUAAAGCAGAGCUGGAGGAGAGAGUAAAGUGAUGCCCUUUAGGAGAGAGCAAGAGACAGGUAUGUGAGGUAGAGGUUACUCUGGGAGGCCAUAAGCUUUCCUAAAGAGAUGGGUUUUAAGGCACAAUUGAAGACUAGGGGAAGAGUCUGAUGGUGGCAGGCAGGCUAUUCCAUAGGAAGGGAGCGGCCUGCGAGAAGUCCUGCAAGUGUGAGUUGGCCGUACGCGUGCGAGCAGCGGACAGGAGAAGGUCAUGGGCAGAGCGGAGAGACCGAGAAGGGUCAUACCUCUGGUUCUGUGAAGAGAUAUAAGACGUGCUAAAAUAGCUUAAUUUUAUGUUUAUUCAGUGACAUGUGGGCUCCUGUAUAAACAGUCACAUAGAAAGCCCAUACAUGUUACUUUGCAGGUGUACUACACGCAUGUUGCAUAGCUUGGGGAGAGCUGUGAUUCCCUUGUGAUCUCAUAUUGUGUGGAGGAUGCAUACACCUACAUUCAUUUUAGGAAAGAAUAGCUACACUCAUAGUCCUGAUUAAAAUACAGAUGGGGAAGCUCAUUGCACUAAAUAUGUAAAAUUUGAUAGGAUAGGCCGGUCUUCCCCUUUAAUGUACAUAUUCGAGUUGUACCAAGACCCUCUGACAUGCUUUUUCCAUUAAUGGAACAGAAUGUGUUUUGAAGCGGCAGCGAUGUGACUAUCUUGUGUAGUUCAAGGCCAGUACACUGCUUCGUUUGCAUGGGAAUGACAGUCUAAAUUAUAUAUCACUAACAUUUAAAGGGAAGCUGUGUGGGGGAAAUGGCCACUUUUUAUGUAUGUAUAAUAUAGGUAUCACAUUAAAAUAUCAAUAAGAAAAAUAGAAAUUCAAAUUGAAAGAUAUUGUCACAGCUUGUUUACACUCACUUUAUAGUGAGCCUCUCUUUAGCUACAAACAGACGCUCACCAGCUAAAAGCUGGCAUCAGUGAGGAUUGACUUGUUGGGGAAGCGCCCCCAGCAGGACCAGUAGACUGGUUGCGGCAGUGGAGAGAACCAUCUGGGAUGGCAGCAUUGGAGCGAGGACCAGAAAGUAAAUAAUAUAGCAGCUCCCAACCCACAAGAUUAUAUGAUUUGUCACUAUGAUAAUGCAUAUAUUUAGUAUCUUGGCAGCGGCCAUCUGUUAAAGCAGUAAAUAUUGUCUUUUCAGAGAAAAGGCAGUGUUAAAAUUACAUCCUAGGCAUACCUCCACUGGCCACUCCUCAUAUGGCUGCUAGAGGUGCUUCCUAGAUCACUAUUGCACAGCGUGCAACACUGUCAUUCAGUGUCUGCACACUUUGCAUCGAGACACAAAACUUUCCUCAUAGAGAUGCUGAUUGGCCAGGGCUGUGUUUGACUUGGGCUGGCACUGCCCCGAUUUGCCUCCUUGACAGUCUCCGCCAAUCCAAUGCUUCCUAUGUGAAAGCAUUGUGAUGGGCUCAGAACACCACUUCUGAUGAUGUCAACCAAGCAGGCAGAUAAGGGGCAGAGCCAACAGCAGCAGACUGGAAUAAAGGUAAGGUUUUACUAUAUUUAAGGUGACUUGGGGGGCUAGAUGGGUUUUUUUAAAACUAUAAGGUCACCUCAAUGAGAAGCCUUUGCAAGGUAGGUGCUUUGUGCAAUUGCUUCCUCUUGAGUUUAGCUCCACCAAGCCAACCAAACCAGGAAGUAACAGGACCAGUUGUCUGAUAUCCAGGAGGUAUAAUAGGGUUAAUUUAUAAACUGAAGUGCUCUAGGGGUGUAGAGCAGGGGUGCCCAAAAUGGAGAUCCCCAGUUGUUGUGGAACUACAACUCUCAUGAUACUUUGUCAUUCUAAAGAAAUGUAAGUUUUAGUUGUAAAACAUCUGGGGAUUUGUACUAGGCAAGCAAAAUGCCAUCGGGGUCCUGGAGACGUUUAUAAGCUACUUGACAUGAAAAAUGUAAAUGGGUCGUAAUAUAAAUGUUGCAGUGGAUUUACCUGCAAUAAUACAAUGCGAUUUAGUCCAUCUUAGUUUGCAGAUGUGGUGUCUGUGUCUUACUAUCAAAUUAAAUGGACACUAUAAGCACCCAGAGCACUUCAUCUCAUUGAAGUGAUCUGGGUGCAAGGUCCCUGCCCCCUUAAAACUGCAAUGUAAAACACUGCAUUUUAAGAUAACUGCAAAGUGAGCCUCUCUUAAAAAAAGUAAAUAUGUUAAAAAAUUUAAAAAAAUAAAUAAAAAAUAUAUAAAUGUGUUAUUUCGUUCUAACUGUAUUGUGAUAUUAAUAUACAUUUAUAUAAAAAUACACAAACGAAAUAUAUAUCUAUAUACAUAAAUAUAUACGUAUAUAUCAAUAUAUAAAAAUAUUUUUAAAAAAUGAUAUAUAUAAUUAAUUCUACAUAUAUAUUUAUGUGUAAUUUUUACAUAAUUAGGUAUCUUAAUUAAUUACAACUAGCAGGACCUGCCUGACAACCCAUGCCGAAAGUAAAGGGAAUUUAAUUUGCUAGCACUAUAUUUAACCCUAUAACUUUCCAAGACACCAUAAAACCUGUACAUGGGGGGGGUACUGUUCUACUUGGGAGACUUCGCUGAACACAAAUAUUAGUGUUUCAAAACAGUAAAAUGUAUUACAACAAUGAUAUCGCCAGUAAAAGUGAAGUUUUUUGCAUUUUUCACGCACAAACAGCACUUACACGGACAAAAUUAUUGCUGUGAUACUUUUUACUGUUUUGAAACACAAAUAUUUUUGUUCAGCGAAGUCUCCCGAGUACAACAGUACCCCUCAUGUACAGGUUUUAUGGUGUUUUCAAAAGUUACAGCGUCAAAUAUAAGGCUUAUGUUUCAUUUUUUUUCACAUUAAAAUUCGCCAGAUUGGUUACGUUGCCUUUGAAACCCUAUGGUAGCCCAAGAAUGAAAAUUACCCCUAUGACGGCAUACCAUUUCAAUAAUAGACAACCCAAGGUAUUGCAAACUGGGUAUGUCCAGUCUUUUUUUAGUAGCUACUUAGUCACAAAUACUGGCCAACAAAUACUAACGCUAACUUUGGUAUGCCAUUAUGGGUGUAAAUUUCAUUCCUGGGUUACUAUACAGUCUCAAAGGCAACAUAACCAAUCUGGCGAAUUUCAAUUUCAAAUGUAACGUGUUAUAUUUGACUCCUGCAACUUCCCAAAACGCCAUAAAACCUGUACAUAGGGGGUACUGUCUUACACGUGAGACUUUGCUGAAUACAAAUAUGUGUAUUUUAUUGCAGUAAAAGCAAAUAGUAAUAUGACAUUGACAGUUAAAAUGUCAUGUAGAACUAAAACAAUUUAAAAAAAUAUUUUCUCCCAUUUUUUUCAUAUUAAAUUAUGUUUCAUAGCUAAAUAUUUGAUAUUAAACGAAAGCCCUGUUUUCCCUGAAUAAAAUAUAUAUAUAUAUAUAUAUAUAUAUAUAUAUAUAUAUAUAUAUAUAUAUAUAUAUAUAUAUAUAUAUAUAUAUAUAUAAUAAGGGUGGGUGCCUUUUAAUAUGAAAGAGGUGAAUUACGGUUGGACAGACAUGUAGCGCAAAUGCCAGGUUUUGUUUACAUUUUGUUUUGUUCACAACGUGUACAUUUGGCUCCGUCCUUAAGGGGUUAAUACUUGCAUUAGUCUCUUAUAUCUAGGAUAGCCUUAUGCCUAUCCCACGCAUGCUUAAACUCCUUCACUGUGUUAACCUCUACUACUUCAGCUGGAAGGCUAUUCCAUGCAUCCACUACCCUCUCAGUAAAGUAAUACUUUCUGAUAUUAUUUUUAAACCUUUUGGCCCUCUAAUUUAAGACUAUGUCCUCUUGUUGUGGUUUUUCUUCUUUUAAAUAUACUCUCCUCCUUUACUGUGUUCUUUCCAGAAAAACAUGCAAAAUGGUAUGAUCAUAAUUCCCACAAAUACUAUUAACAAACAUUGAGUCUCACUUUGUCAUGUAUCUAGGCUGGCUGAAUUAGCCGCUGCUGUAUAAAUUCUGCAGUUCCAUAAAUCACAACUACACUGCAAAUGGAGACCAUAUGCCUGAAGUCAGGAAUACAUUAUUGCCAGCAGGCUGCAUCUUGUUGAAGUAAGAAUUCAGAAGGAGGAGCUCUCACUUCAAUGUGCAGUGUGCACUUCUCAGAUUUCAAUACAGAUCUUGAAGUAAACAGGCAUUCUAACACAUAUUACAUGUAGCAAAUUGUUCUUUUUUGUGCAAACACAAUUUGUAACAAAGUACACUGAAUGAAGGAAACCUAAAUGUAAUUGCUACAAAAACACAUUUGGCAUAAAGCCUGUGGCAUAAAGGAUUGUAAAUAGAGCUUUAAGGAACACUCCAACAUUAGAAAUAAGUACAUUUAGAUUACUGGGUCCCCCACACUGCCAUAAAAAGGAAUUACUUCACCUUCAGGAGACCAUCACUAGUGUGAAUCUUAUCUAGUGCCAAUCCAAUGCUUCUCACAGAAGAAUCAGGAGGUAGGGUGCAUGCGUGACAAUGCUUCUUCUGAGAGAAGUGCUUACUUCUGCAUAGUUGAAGCAUGCCACAUGGAUGAGGAGGAGCAUCAUCUCUGAGGUAUAACCAUAAGGGAUUUAGCUAUUACAUUGUAUUCAGUAUUUUAUUUUUUAUUCGAUCUUAACUGGAAUCAGUUUUCUGUAUGUUAUUUUUACCUUUUUUUUUACUUUUUUUUAUCUUCUCAUUACUUGCAUACUGUAGUAAUUAAAAUUUGCCUUUGUGAGUACUACUUUUCCUUGUGUAUACCAUUUAGAUUGACCAAACUUGACCGUGAGCGUAGUUUAACAGAACACUAUAGGCUAUAUGGUCAGGAACACAAACAUGUAUUCCUGACCCUAUAGUGCAAAACCCACCAUUUAGGUGGCUUGCCCCUACCCCCUUAUCCCCCUUAAAAGGAAUUAAAAUUCUCUUUGUUUCCAGGGCCGUGUGGGUUCGCUGGCGCUGGCUCAGCCCCCUUGGUGACAUCAUCAGAACGGUGGCCUUUUAGCCAAUCCAAUGCUUCCCAUGGGGAAAGCAUUGGAUUGGCUAAAAUCGGCAAGGGAUGGGGCUAAACACCUUUUUGGCCAAUCAGCACCUCCUCAUAGAGUUGCAUUGAAUCAAUGCAUCUCUAUGAGAAAAAUUCAACAUCCCCAUGCAGAGCGUGGCGCACUGAGCCAGGAAGUACCUCCAGUGGUCAUCUGAGGAGUGGCCAUUUGGGGGUGUCCCUAUAGGCUCUGAAAAGGCAGUGUUUGCAUGAAAAUGCCUGCAAGCAAUGAUUAACAGAACAAAUACAUUAACCCCUUAAGGACACAUAACAUGUGUGACAUGUCAUGAUUCCCUUUUAUUCCAGAAGUUUGGUCCUUAAGGGGUUAAGCUGUAGUUGUUCUGGUGACUUUAAUGUCCCUUUAAGCAAGGUUCUGUUUCAUUUGUUGAAUUUAUCCAAAAUCCGUCAGUAAAAUGAAUCCAAGGGCAAACUUAGGACAGAUAUUGAGAUCCAGCACAAAGAAAAAAACUAUAAAUGAAAGCAAGUGGCAAAGAGAAGGGGAGCAAGAAGGGGGUGGGGAAUGACAGAGCCGCUUUAAGUGGUUUUUAACGUUUUUUGAUGAGAAAUUACAGUUUCAGGGUUUUGGAAUUGCUGUGUUGUCGAUAUUGUCUGCACACUACUUCUUUGAAUGCCUCUUUUUUUUUUUUUUUUAAAUUCUUUAUUUUUGCUGUGCAUGAAAUAAUUUUGCAUAUCAACAAUGCCACAACAGCAAUCGCAAUCAAUUUACAGACACUUAUUUGUCAACUGUUGUACAGCAUAGAGGACACGCACACAUUUUUUUUUAGGGUAAUAAUACAAGUUAAGUACAAGCUUAGUAACUACGUCUGUCUUUUGAAUUACAUUGUCGAUUAGUACCAGUAGCUUAGGGUUAAUAUUUAUGUCGCGUGUCAUCGCUUCAUUAUCUAGACAUUGACAUGGUUAUGCCUGACUAUGCUUAAGUGAGAGACAUACAUUUUGUACAGUAACAGUUGGUCUAAGUAGUCGUGACAUGCAGUAGUUGAGACUGUGAGUUUGCACUUUAGGUUAUAAUAGACUAUGCAGUGCUGACUAACAAAAUAUAUCUAUUUCUAUUAAGGUUUCCAACUUUAGCUAAGAUUCUCAUUAAAGUAGGGUGCCACCAGGCAGAGCAUCAUACAUUCAGUUAUUUCCUUCUAUACAUAUAAAGCUCAAGUAAAGCUGAACUAUAUACAGGGUCAUAUGCAGAGGAUAUGCACGUUAUUCAAUGACUGCAACUACAGUGAUAUCUGGUAUAGCUAUUCAUGUCAUACUAUAUAUUGUGCUUCUUAUUAUGAACGGCUGGGGUCACCGUCAGCUCCAGCCCAGCGCAAAGCCUGAGGUAAUCUGGUUGUGUUCCAUGCCCAGGUGUGGGGUGAGUCCCUUGAUAUUACCCCAUGAAUUCCACUUGUUCCUAAUGUCCCGGUUGUUGGGUAGGUUUGCCAUGUCUUGCGAGCCUUGAUGUAUUGUCGAGGGCUAUAGCACCAUGCGGUCAGUGGGUAAAGCUGGGUGUUCUGUUUGUUCUUCCAGCCCUGGUCGUUAGUGGAGCUUGCUUGCAGAGUGCCCUUCUGGGGUUGCCGCUUUGAGAUGGGCAUGUGGAGGAAAUGCUGGCUGUGGUGGUUCUCAUUUGUCAGCUUGUAUGUUCCAGGGCUGUUACGUGGGGGCUUGAGAGCCCUCAGGGACCCCCGGUGGUAGCAGGUUGUGAGCACAGAGUGAUCACCUUCUGUCGAUGCAGUUGCUGUGCCUCCGUCAGCCAUUUUGGUGAGACCGCGUGGGAUCCUCACUCCGGCUUCAGACCAUUCAGGUGAGAUGUUUAGGCAUUAGCCCGCCUGGUGGGGACCGGGAUGACCCCCCCGGCCCAUGGGGGGGGGGAAGCAGGACCAGGAAGGUACCAAGUAGAUGGUGAUUUACUGCAGUCGGAGUGGAGAGCGAGGCAGCGGCCGUCCACCCCGCUCCCCUCCCGGGUAGGCCUCAAUCCCCGAGCGCCAGAGUCUCUCACCAGGACCUAGAGCCACCCUGCGGCGGGCGCUCCAGCUACACCGGGACACUCCAGAGCUUCGUGUCAUGGACCCCCGGGUCCGUAUAAGUCGGGUAAAGUGGAUAUAUUGCCUUUUUUCCUUUGUUUGCUCAGGAGCCCGUGUGAUAUGCAGCCUGCUGGCAUGGCCGCCCGGCCCCGCCCUCCUGAAUGCCUCUUUUUAAAACCGGAUAUUUUUUUUUUCCUCGAAGGAAUUUCGUAGUAAACCUCUUGUCUUGCUGAUAUGUCUAGGUUUUCUGAAACUGUAGUGCAGCCUCUUGGAAUUUCAGCCAAUGUUUUGGUUGCAGAGCCCACUCUUUAUAAUUAGUAACAGAUGGCACAAAUAGAAAGUUCAGUCUUCCCUGUACAGUCAUAGGUGGGCCUCUCGUUAUCCUGCAUGCUGGAAACAUUCCCGUUGCUCCUGAAUUGUUGAAAAUGGGUAACUGCGUUUGCUGCCAGUGCUGCAGACGUUGUUUUAAAAUACUUUUUCGAAAACAAGAAUCUCAUUCUGAUGGGGAACGAGUUUCUCUUCUUCCUCCAUCGAAGAAGAGCCCACUCCACGUCCAGGUAUCAGCCAGUAAAGACUAUGGUAUCACUAGUGCUAACCUUCAAGGGAUCAUGUUUUUGGAAAAGUCUUCAUACAAAGAAUCAGUUUGCUACCAUGACACUCUAGGAGGAACUAAUGCAAAGCAUUUGAAUUUGGAGAAUGAAAUUGAUGAGGGAAUUUGUAGCUGUGAAAAUUUUCAUCCCAAAUCUUUAGACUCUGGAAUUGACUUUGUGGCUUUUAAUGUUCCUAGUGACUUUCAAAGUGACCUUGGCAUAGUGGAAGUGCCAGACCCCUCUUGCACAUUCGCCAAAUGUGUUAAAAAUGAACCUGCAAAUAACAUUACUCUCUUAGAACUGCAAGAUGGGACUCUGGAAACAGCCGACCGAGCCGUUGCUUAUGCAGAGCCAGAAAACCAGACUUUAAAAACUCAAAGCAGCUGGACAUUGCCGAAUGUAUUCAUGAAUCUGGACUCUUCAUGCAAUCCUAAUAGAAAGGCUCCUCCUGCAAUAGUGUACACCAUUCAGUUUGAAAGAGAGGAAGCUGGAUUUCCACUAUUAUUAAAAACCAGCCCUCCUUCUGCGUGUGAUACAAAUGAACCAAUGUGUGCUCAAAAGCACAAGGUGUGCAUUAGUCUUGGGAAAGGAAUACUGCGUUCAGGUGAGCUGUCAAAACCUUUUCUGAGUAACUCAACACUUGAAGCAAAGCGCUGUUUAAGCCUAUUGAGAUAGAUAGAUAGAUAGAUAUAUAGAUAGAGAGAUAGAUAGAUAUAUAUAUAUAUAUAUAUAUAUAUAUAUAUAUAGUCAAGAUAGCCAGAUUGUAAAAUUCAACCUCAGAAACAAAAACAAAUAUUCUACCGAUGAUUUCCUUUGUAAAACACAGGGUCAGCAGCUGCAAACCAUUUAGCGGGGCUUGGGAGGUUUUUGCAAAAGAUGUGUGAAAUGUGAAACUUCAGGCUAAAUAAAGGCACUCAUUCAAGUUUUUAAAGCUCAGUUUCAUGGUUCCAGGUUUUUUUUUGUUUUUUUUUUAAAAUGAAUAUUUUUCUAAUUGGCCCAGUUUCAUUGGACAAAGAGGCUUGUAUUUAAAUGAUAAUACAUCUUCUACAACAUGUGUUAAUCACUGUUCUUGUUUAUUUUUCUUUGGGGAUGUCAGCUUUCAUGUAGUCUGACUUAAGAGAUGUUACGAGGGCUUCAUGUUUGUAAAUACUCCCAAAAUGCACCACAUGCGUGUGUAUCCCUCCCAAUAUUGGAAGGUAUGAGAAUGUGACGGAGUGAGUAAACCGGGAAGGAGAGAAAGCCAGCGAUGCAACUUCCAUCCCUGGCGAUGCCAAUAAUGGGCAGCCUUGCCUGAAAAAGUCCAGAUCCAAACACUGAAGGGGCAUGUCAGCCAAAAGCCUAAACCACAUGUCAUCUAUACUUUUCUAUUUUAAUAUGGAAUAAACCUCUCAUUUAACAACUACAAGACUUUAUGGAGCUGCCCACGCUUAAUAAGCAGGAUGUUUUAUGCUAGUAUGAGCUGGGGACUACAGUGAGAUGUCUGCAAUAUGUAGCAUUUUUAUCCUUUACUAAAAUGAGAAUUCAAAGCGAAUUUUAAAUUUGAACGCUGGAGUAGUUAAACUGAAAGUAGAGCAGAUGUCGUGAAUUUUUCCAGUUUGGCUAUUUUGACCUUAAAGGACCACUAUAGUGCACUGAGGGUGCCCCCACCCUCAGGGUCCCAUUCCCGUGGCGCUGAAGGGGGAGGAAUCCCUUACCUUUUUUCCAGCGCCGGGCUCCCUCCGCGCUGGGACUCUCCUUCCUCUUCUGAUGUCCCUGAAUGCGCAUGUGCGGCAAGAGCUGCCCGCGCAUUCAGCCAGUCUCAUAGGAAAGCAUUCUCAAUGCUUUCCUAUGGACGCUGGCGUCUUCUUCUCACUGUGAAAAUCACAGUGAGAAGCGGUUGUCAAUGAGACAGCCACUAAAGGCUGGAUUAACCCUAAAGUAAACAUAGCAGUUUCUCUGAAACUGCUAUGUUUACAGCAAAAAGGGUUAAACCUAGCUGGACCUGGCACCCAAACCAUUUCAUUAAGCUGAAGUGGUCUGGGUGCCUAUAGUGGUCCUUUAAGUUUGAAAUUCACGUAGAAAUCUCAAUUAUAGAAAAAAAUAUAGUGUUAGGAAUACAAACCUAUAUUCCUAACACCGUAGUGUCCCUCUGCUGGCAAAUAAGGGGUUAAAAAAACUACUUUUUCCCCCCCUUUCACCUAAUUCCAGUGUCGAUGUCCCUCGGCACUCUGAUUGAGCUCUUACACCAACAUCACAAUCAUUCGGAAACCUAAUGAGCAUGCAUAUUGCUACAUAGGAAAGCUUUGAAUCAGUGCUUUCCUAAGGGAUUUUUCAAGACCCCGUCGUCAACGUCGUUUCGUGGAGAUAAAACCUGUGAAACUACACGAAGUGCCUCUCGUAAACAGCCACUGGAGGCAGUCUUAUCCCUGCAAUGUAAACAUGUUUUUAGAGCAACUAAGAUUGCAGGGAUAAGGGUACACUAACACUGCACCCAGACCACUUCAAUGAUAUGAAGUGGUCUGAGUACCUGUAGUGUCCCUAUUGAGUGGAUAACUGUCAUUCGUUAAUACCAUCUCAGAGUGAGAGCCCACAAUAAAAUAAUCUGUGUAUGUUGAAGUUGGCCACAACUAAAUUUCCUUAUUAAAAGCUUGUGCAUCUCUUCCAAGGUGGCCACUCAAAAGGGAAAGUGAUUGGCUGCACGCACAGCCUCUAUAUCAGAUGUGACAUUUGCACAAGACAUUUGUCAUUUGGGAUUGGUAGCUGCUGCAGAAUUACCACUGUGACCAUGUUCUAGCUUGAACCAGAGGUAUAGCAAUAAAGCUUAGUGAUCACUAAAUACUCAUCUAGGAUUUUAGCUGUACAUUUGCAAAUUUUUUAGGUGAAAAUGUCACCACUGAAAGGUGAGAAAGCAGGAGUUCGCCAGUCUGUUCAUGAAUGAUCUGAUAUGGUGUCACUUUAAAGACGUAAAUGUUUGAUAUACAUUAUUAAAGGGACACUAUAGUCACUGAAACAACUUGAGGUUAAUUAAGUAGUUUUAGUGUGUAGAUCAUGCCACUGAAGUUUCACUUCUCAACUCACUGCCAAUUAUGAGUUAAAUCACUUUUGUUUCUGUUUAUGCAGCCCUAGACACACAUCCCCUGGCUGUGGCUGACACAAGCAAAAUGGUUUCAUUUUCAAUCAGAUGUUACUGUAAAAGCUUUAAUCUCCUGCUCUGUAAAUUGAACUUUAACAGCAUACAGGAGGCUUCUGCAGGGUCUAGCAAGCUAUUAACAGAGCAAGAGAUAAGAAACUCUAAAUUAAACAGAAUGGUCAAUACAGGAAGUAUAAACAUUAGAUGACUCUUUAAAGGAAGUGUUUAGGAAGGAUGUGCAGGGAGAUGUGCCUAGGGCUGUAUAAACAAAGUGAUUUAACUCCUAAAUGUCAGAAUUGAGCAGUGAGCCUGCAGAGGCAUGAUCUAUACACCAAAACUGUUUGAUUAAGCUAAAGUUGUUUUGGUGACUAUAGUGUCCCUUUAAACUAUAAUGUAAUUCAAACUUCUUGACUAUUGCCAGAAUGCCACAGUGGCUGCACCAAGUAUAGAUGGAAUAGAUACAGGGGGUCAGCAACCUUUUUCCACAUGAGGGUCAGGUGCAUAUUUGUAAAUGGGCGAACAGGGUUUGGUGAUUUUUCUGGAUUCUCCAGGUGUCUGCAAUCUGGUACCUUUUCAAAAAUAUUGCUAAAUGAAAAUGGGUGCUUACUGUGACCUGAACAACUUAAGAUGAGUAGUUUUGACAAAUUGUACUUUUGACUCUCCAGGAUAGAGCUCCAGAACCGCUUUUAAAACAAUCAUAAUAGGUGUUGAAAUACGGCACUAGAACAUUUUCUUUCCAUGUAUAGGAAAGUACUCGAACUUGUAUUCAUGUUCAGUUAACACAGAUAACUGAAUAGGGCCUCUAGCUGAGACAAAGCAGUUCACAAUUCUGGCUAAAGCUUUCAGCAAGCUGUUUAGAGCCAAUAAUUGCAGUAGAGAUUAGGCAUUAGGGAUUCUUAAUUCCAGCUAACGUUUCUGUAUUAAUUUAUAUCCGUGGGAAGAAUUAGUUUGCUGCCAAAUACUAUUUUAUAAAUAUCACAAAGUUCCAACAAAUGAACUGAUGCUGUGCAUGGCAGCCAGAAUACAAACAAAAUGGCCUACAGUAAAUAUUGCACAAAAAAGGUAUAGGACAGUAGUGAGGAUUAUAUUGGUAGGGGGUUAAAGCAUACUGCGAGUCAGUUUCAUAGUUUUAAUAAACAAAUUUAGGCCUCCUGGACUGGCAACUUUGUGGGUUUUUUUUUGUAUGUAUAUACACAGCUACCCAGGAAGAGAGGAUUCAAUUCAUAAAAUGUAGAUGUUAAAUUACAUAUCUGGUUAUUUGCCUUAACUGGGAAUUGUGGUGAACUGAUAAGGGAACUGAAAAUCUUCGGCCAAAACCUGGUAAAUAGAAUGGUAGAAUUUUUUUCAAAAUCUGCUUUUAUGACUUAAAAGUCCCUUGUUGGUUCUUCACUGUUUAAUUAGCAAUGUCCCCUUGACUUAUUUGUUGGUCUAGAAGUGUAUUUGCAGAGUAGCUUCAAUUUUAGCGUGGGGAUUCGGUAUUACAGGAUUAGCAGACUAUAUAACAUGUGUUAAGAUUUAUGUGUAGGCCACUAGACCGUGACCUAAUCUAAAGUUGGGAGGCUGAUCACCAAGUACCAAAUUGGAUCCAAAAUGCAAAAAUUCUCAGUUAUUCACUAAAAUAAUAUCCCGAGUAACUAUGGUGUGACUCUGAACGUGUGUGAGCCUGAAGAGUCCAUCUGGAAGGUGGAUCUUUGCUGUAGUAGUAGGUGGAUUGGUAAAAUCUCUACUUUGCUAGAUCCCAAGGAUUAACCUGUUGGGAUGUCAAUCGCCGUGACAGAUUCAUAGCUUACAAGCAUCUACUUACAAAGCUGCUCGGUAGAACAGGAAUUGUUGGACAUUAGUGCCUUCUCUGGCAUUUAAUGUCAUUUGAUGUUUGACCUGGCUAGCUAUAUGUUUAUCCUGACUUGAUUAGUAAUCCCCUGACUUGAUUAGUAAUAUAGAUUAAACUGUAAACCUUUGACAUCCUAAACUUUGGCUUUUCAUUGACUGUGUUUUGUGCUGUAUACUACAUUGCUUCCCUGAGGACUUGCCCAACUAUUCUAAAGAACUGGUAAAAGGUGUGUUUGUGUAUGUGUGUCUCUCGAUAUAUUGACCAAAGUUCAGGAAUGGACUGAAAUGUUGAUGAGUAUCUGUAUAUCACUGCACAAAACAGCAGCAAUUUUCAGCAAAGUUCUUGGAGUUUGCGCUAUGCAGGUGUGUGUGUGUGUAUAUCUCUCUCAUACGCACAUUUUUUAUUUAUUGUUAGGGGUGGCAUUUAUAUAGCGCCAACAUUCUGCAGCGCCUUACGAUGAUAUUAUGACAUGAAAUUUAACAAUAAAUGAGACUAGUACAAAAUGUUACAGGAGCAGAAGGUUGAAGAGGACCCUGCUCAAGCGAGCUUACAGUGUAUGUAUAUAUAUAUAUAUAUAAAUAUAUAUAUAUAUAUAUAUAUAUAUAUAUAUAUAUAUAUAUAUAUAUAUAUAUAUAUAUAUAUAUAUAUAUAUAUAUAUAUACAUAUACAUACACACCAGGCUUUUUGUGUACAUAGAAAAAGUCUUAGAUUUUUGAGUUCAGCUCAUGAAAAAUGGGGUUGAUCAAGCAACCUGUAAACCUUUUAUGGAUAUAUAUCUUCUUUUGAGAUGCAACUAGCCGCUCGCGAAUCCAUGAAAAGGAUACAGACAGAUAUAAUAUGUAUCCACCGGGGCAGACCGUGGAAACGACCAAUGAUAAAGUACACCACCUGUUAAAAUGUACUAAAUUGAACAGAAUACCAAUCUCUGAUGUUUAAUAAACAUACAAAAAUCAAUCCUCAGUGCAGUGAUACAAAGUGAAUACAUUUUAUAAUAAACAAAUCCACAACUUAGUGUGGAUACAUCGUACAUACUACUAAUAAUAAGACCCGAACAUCGUAGCUCCACAAGUAGAAUGCAAUACUUACAGAACAUGUGGAAGAUAAAUCCUAAACAAUAUAUAUAAUAUCAGCUGUAUAGGACUCCAAGGUAGGGUCAGGCAAAAAUAAUGCUCCUAACAUACCUGGAUAAACAUACCAUGGGCCAGAAAUAACUGGAUUUACCACGACAGGGCAGUCACUAUACAAACGAUUAAAUUUCGAGAAUUGUCAAAAAUGUGAAUAUAAUACUGCUGGAAAAAGACAUAAAAAAGCAAAACAUACUGGUGUAUAUAUUGUUACUCCAGUCCCCAUAAUAAUUUCAUGUAAAAAAAAAAAAAAGUACCUUUUUAUGAAUGGUACUACUGGCACCAUGACAAUCUCAUUUAAAUUAAGUUGUUAUGGUGACUGGAGUGUUACUUUAAAUAUAAAAUUUAAAAAAAUAAUAAUUUAGUAUCUGGAAACACCAAAUACAUUGUUUGCAUCAUAUGAGUGCCGUGAGGCUGGAAUUAAUAAGUUUGACAUAUUCUUUGCUACAGAGGAACAGGAAGAUGUUUCUGAUAUCCCAUGACAAGCGAUGUGGACUUUUGAAAACUCACAGAGCCUGUUCCUGCUCUGCCUCUGCCUCAGGUUGCAACCACACCCACUGCACAGCAUUUUUUAAACUGUUGUGCCAGUAUUGGAGAUAGUCUGCUCCCCCUUCGCCUUGUGUAACUACGGCAUGCAAACACACACUUUCUCUCAUUUAGCAUUUUUCAUUCAAUCUCAUUAUUAAUAGCACUUUGCAGAUCCAAGUGUCUGUCCUGGAGAACAGAACAUUUUGCAGGUAAUUCACAGUAUUUUUUAAUUUUCCUUGACUUCUAAGCCUAAACACAAUACAACUGAAUGAAUGAAUUGAGGAAUGGAUGAUGAUUUCUUUCAGUUUAUUUUUUUUCAGACUGAUGAUGGCAGCCUAGCAAGCGAUAUACAGACUUCCCGUCUCAUUUGUGAAGCUGGAGGGAGGGAUACAAGGGCCUAGAUAAUGUUUGAUACAAAUGACUGAUUUCAUCAUUCUUUAUUGAUACAUCACAUAUGUUUAUAAGUCACACAGCCUCCAGAAAUAUGUGACCAACAAAGGGCUAACAUUGUGUGGAGUUCACAAAGGAGUACUGUAUUUGAUAUGGCAGGGCAGAAAGAGUUAAUUGUGUACUUGUUUUACAGUUUGAUAUACAGUCCUCCAACUCAUGGUUCUCGGAUUGUCUCUGAGCUUUAUUGAGGCUCUGCGGAUAGCAAUACCCAGUGGCAAAGCGAGAAACUCAUCGCGAUUACCUACUAAUGCUCUGACCACUGGUGACCAGAAUGCUUGUACUGUACUCUAUCCAGUGGGUUGAGGGAGCUUCCUUGUCUUUUGUUGCCUGUCUGUUUACACAUAAAGACUAGAUCACUUACCCCCCUAGCCACUUGCUUAACUUGUCACAAACAUAUUGGCACUAAGGGUGGCUAUGGGCUCAACACUCUGGUUUCCAACUGUGUAGAUGCAGUCUCACACAAGGUCCACACACUGUUUUAUGUUUUGUCACACCUUUUUAUAACACCAGUGUUUGCGUAAAAGGUGGGAAGACCUAUUUAUUACAUUAUCCAGUAUCUAGUUGGUCAUUAGGUGAUGCCACUGAAGAAGUUGAGGCUGCUAGGCGAGUAGCUACAAGGUACCAGGUUGCUGCAGUAGCUUCGGUCAUUGGUGGUAUGGAUAAAAGGCAAACCAGGCACACAGCACAGUCAACAUAUAAGCCUGUUGGUAAAAAGUUAUCCCAUUUGCUUAUAUAAAUUGUUAUUAUCUACCUAACUCUACUUUCUAAAGUAGCUAAUAAAUGUAGCGGGUCUGUUUUUAUGAAGAACCUUCAAAAAUGUUUUACGAAUUUAAGUCUUUCAGGGCUAGUUAAAAUCGUCAACCUCAUAGAAGCACCAUCUCAAAUGGAAAACCAUUUACAUAUGAUGUUGCACUGUGAUGUCUCCUAUGCGCUUUUGAGUAUGUAAUCCACCAAUGGAAAGGUUUGAGGAAUUGAAAAGGUUUUGGCGCAAUACCAAGUUAAUCAUUUAUACACACUCAUUUAAAGGCAUAUUACUCUGUCACCUUGCUGGGAAGCUUUGUAAUCUAGUCCUACACCAAAUAUUAUGUGCUCAUACAAAACGUGAUACUAAGUAGGAAAGAGUGGCUAGGAGAUUUGGGUCCUUAAGAUGGAGUAUCCCACCUAACUACACUGUACUUAUACAACCCGUUUAUUAGUGAUAUACUUCACAUCUUAAUUGAUAUGUCCUAAUGCUAUUGGCCUGUAUAUACAUUAUCAGUAUCUUCAUACCAACAUCACAGAUCUGUGCCUCCUACAUUAGAGAAUAGUUACUAUUAAUAUGCAAAUAUUAACCUCAAACGUGUCAAAAUUGUAUGUCCAAUCAGAAUGUUUCUACAAUAUUAUGUUUUCUUCUCAUUCCCUCUGUUAUAUCAGAACAUCAUUCUCCCCCCUCCUAUAAUUUACCCUUAAGGUAAGUUGGCCCUUUUUCUCACAUGCCUACCACUUGAAGUGAGCGCUAUGAUAUUUUAGUUCAUCCCAACUUCCCCUUCCCCAUCCACCCACUCUUCCACUUUAUCAACACUUCUGCCAAUGUUGAGUUCAUUACACUAGUUAUAGAAUAAUGUUAUAAUUAUAUUCUCUAUUUUUCUUGUGCUACAGAUCAUUCUACCGGUAUGACACUGAUGAAUGGUGAUGGAGAACACAAGCAUGAGGCUGAUGUGGAAACAAAACAGAAUGGACAUGAUGCAGGAGAACCGACAGAAGAUGGAAAUGAGCAAGAAGUCAUUGUUAUCCAGGACACUGGUUUUUCGGUCAAGAUACAAGUUCCUGGGCUAGAGAUGUUUACUAUCCAGGUAAAGCAUUUGCUUUUGUGCAUACGCAAAAGGAAAUUCUCACCUUAUAGUUGCAGGUUCCUGCGAUGGUAAGAGUAUGCGAUUAUCCACAAUUUAUUAAUCUACAAAGUUGGUUUUGAUAUGUGGGUAAUAAUCACAGUGACUUUGCCUAUAGGAAUGUCAGUUCCACCAUGUUUUCUUGAACACACAUCACUUCUACAUAUUGAUGGGUAGAGAAGAGUGCUGUCCUGCAGGGAGGGAUUCAAGCCAUACAGCACUGAGGAAUCCUGCAGCCGAUGUAAUGUUCAUACUACAGAGCAGCAUGCUUCAUGUACUGCCAGUCAGCAUGAAGAAAAGAUUUGUGUUCUGGAAAAACUUGGUGGAUCUGUCUACCCUAUUAUGAGUAUAUGGGGCUACCUGUACCUUUGUAUGUAGUCAUUCGUUUAACCCAUUAAGGACACAUGACCUGUGUGACAUGUCAUGAUUCCCUUUUCUUCCAAAAGUUUGGUCCUUAAGGGGUUAAAUAUUUGUACAAGAAUAGAAAAACCCUGGGUUAUUCUCAAGUGAAAAAAAUAAUCUGUAGGAACUAGCUGGGAAUUAACACAUUCGAACGAGUUAGUAAGGUAGCCACGAAAGCUUAAUUUCCACCCCUAUCUUGUUUCAAGAUGAUGUUUGGUUCUUGUACACAUAGAAACAUAGAAUGUGACGGCAGAUGAGAGCCGUUUGGCCCAUCUAAUCUUCCCAAUUUUCCAAAUACUUUAAUUAGUCCCUGGCCUUAUUUUAUAACUAGGAUAGACUUAUGCCUACCCCACACAUGCUUAAACUCCUUCACUGUGUUAACCUCUACCACUUCAGCUGGAAGGCUAUUCCAUGCAUCCACUAUCCUCUCAGUAAAAUAAUACUUCCUGAUAUUAUUUUUAAACCUUUGCCCCUCUAAUUUAAGACUUUCUUAUUGUUGUGGUACUUUUUCUUCUUUUAAAUAUAGUCUCCUCCUUUACUGUGUUAAUUCCCUUUAUGUAUUUAAAUGUAAUGUGCUCCUGUAUAUUACAUUUAACAUAUUUCUGCCCAUGCAGAGACCGCAUCCUAUCCCUUCUUGUGUGCAGGUCUUGAACCUCAUGGUGCGGUACAUAUCCACAGCAACAUGGAAGGAAUGUCUAGACUACACAUACACUUAAGCAAUUUGCCUCUGCUGCUCUAAUCACCCCAGUAAACAUUUCAGUAGCAUGUAUUGGGGUUAUGGAAGGGGCUCUGUCAUUUUCCAGACAUUAAAGGGACUCUCCAGUGCUACCAAAACAUUCAUUUUCCUGGCACUGCAGGACCCUACAGUGCCCCUCUCACUCCCACCCCCACAUCCCAAGUCACUGAAGGAGUUAAAACCCUUUCAGUGACUUACCGGAGUUCCAGUGCCAAUGUCCCUCGGUGCUGGGUCAGACUCCGCCUACUCUCCUCCUCGCUGUCAGGCGGCGGGGCAGACCUAAUGCACAUACGCAGCGUGAGGACGUGCGUCGUAUAACACACUUUUCGUGUUCUAAGAACACUGAAGUCCCUCUAGUGGCUGUCUGAUAGAAAGCCACUAGAGGAGGACUUAACCCUGCAAGGUAAUUAUUGCAGUUUGUAAAAGAGAAAUGACCUUCUUGCAAGGGAAAAUGUAAUAAGCAGAAGCUGGUUUUCUCCCUUUAAGGAACCUCUCAAAAGUACCAUAAAAAUAGUUACAUUUGCAAGGUUAAGGGUGGUGGGAGUUGGCACCCAGACCACUCCAAAGAGAAGAAGUGGUCUGGGUGUCUGGAGUGUCCCUUUAACCGUUCCCUUUAAAAAAGAUAACUGAAAAAUAGGCCUAGUUGCGGUUUCAUAUUAAAGGAAAAUUAUUUGUAUGUUUGUGUUUUUAAUUUUGACAGUAAAAUUUGCAGAUCAUUUCCUGAUGAUACCAGGCCUGGCGAUUAAACCUCAUUACGUUGCAAGCCAUGUAACCCCAUCAUGUAAUGCAAAUUUCUCUUUCCUUCUCCAGGUCUCUCCGCAGGAGAUGGUGCAAGAGAUCCACCAGGUUUUAAUGGACAGAGAGGACACUUGCCAUAGGACGUGCUUCUCUCUGCAACUCGAUGGAAAUGUUCUAGAUAACUUUGCUGAGCUGAAGACCAUUGAAGGCUUCCAGGAGGGCUCUGUGCUCAAGGUGGUUGAAGGCAAGUUUUUGAUGUUCUUUUAUUGUUCCUCUUUUUAUAAAAUUUCUCAUUGUCUGAAACAAACAUUUAUUUAUGUGAUCAUUUUGGGACUAUUUUUAUGGUACUUUCGAGAGGUUCCUUAUAGGGAGAAAACCAGCUUCUGCUUAUUACAUUUUCCCUUGCAAGAAGGUCAUUUCUCUCUCUUUUUCCCCAUUGAUUCUAGGGUGAGUCCAGUAUUCCUCCUGUACUCCAGACACUAAUACUACUUUAAUGCAUUUGAUAGGUUUUGGCCUAUAUGCUGUAUCUUUUUUUUUUACUUUUAAUAAACGAAUAAAUGCUACACCAUGAGCCUGCCUCCCUUGUGAUGCCUCCUCAUGCCAGAGAGACUUCCUUAGGUAUACACACAGUCUGAGUCCAAAUAGCACUGAGUGAGCUGCACAACCUGGCUGCAGACAGACAGAGAAACUACAGACAGGUAGUUGAUAUCCUUACUAUAUGUCUCCCUGGGUGUCCUCUCCUUCUAAAGCAGGUUGCUUUAUUGUUCAUAUCAUUCAGUACUGUCAGUGACUGAGCUGUGUGCAUACAUCUUAUUAUUAUUUUAUUAUUUCCAUUUAUAUAGUGCAAACAGAUUCCGUAGCGCUUUACAAUAUUAUGAGAAGGGGGAUUUAACUAUAAAUAGGACAAUUACAAGAAAACUUACAGGAACGAUAGGUUGAAGAGGACCCUGCUCAAACAAGCUUACAUUCUAUAGGAGGUGGGGUAUAAAACACAUUAGGACAGGAAAUAGCAAUCAAAUAAGGUGGGAGUGAAGCAGAGCUGGAGGAGAGAAUAGAGUGCUGACCUUUAGGAGAGAGCAAGAGACAGGUAUGUAGAGGUUAGUCUGGAAAUGUUCUAUAAGGAAGUGUCUCCAAGCAGGGGAAAUGAUAGAAGAAUACAGGUGGACCAGAGAUGGAUAUUACAGGGGAGUAACACCCACAAAACUAAGGAAAUGGUGAUGCUGGACCGGCGGUAAGAUAAUAUGCACUGAAUACAUUGUGUGUCUCUGUAAUGUGCGGUAUGCAUUGCAUUUGUGGCUGAUUUAUGUUAAAGUAAACCUUUUGACACCCUCACUUUAAUACAUGUUUACUGGGUUCUUUAGGUUGAGACAACCUAAAUCAUCUCCAAAUACACUGAAUACUGAAAAUGUAAAGGGACACUAUAGGCACUCAGCUCAUUGAAGUGGUCUGUGUGCAUAUUCCCAGGUCCAUGAAAAGGUAAUUAUUGCAGUUUUUAAUAAACUGCAUUAAUUACCUUUGUGUGGUAACCCACCUCUAGUAGCUGUCUACCAGACAGCCACUAAAGAGACUUCCAAGUCAUUAUGUGACUUUUGGUUCACUUAACUGAUGCUGGACGUUCUCACACGAUGCAUGAGGACAUACAGUGUCACCCGAAACCCCACAGAAAAGCAUUGUAAAAUGCUUUCCUAUGCGGGCAGUACUAAUGCGAGCGCAACUUUUGCCGCGCAUGCUCAUUAGGUCUCCCCCGCCAGCUGACGUGCCCAAGCCAGCGUCGAGGGCUAUCACUGUUGGGCUCAGGUAAGUAACCCCAUCUGUGCCACAGGGGGAGAGAGGGAAGGGGGGGCAUUAUAGGGAACUAUAGUGCCAGGAAAGCCACUUUUGCCUUUAAAUCACAGUGUCUUGUUAGAUUUGACCGCAUACUGUUCAGGUUGCACUUGCUAUACGCUUCUUACAAAUGACUAUGCAAGGCAGUGCAGGUUCACACGUACUUUAUUCUCUCUACAUCUGUUAAAUGGAAGUAUUGCUGGUAAGUAGGAUUAGACUUUACAGCAUUACUGUCUGGCUUAAAGGGAAAAAAAUACUGGAUUUAUACAGGACUUUCUUUAGUUUGCAUGUGGCAUUGUCCAUUUCAUUGCUUAUCAAUAAUCUUACAAAUACUAAACAGGCUGAAUAUGUAUCUGAUCCACUCAGGGUUAAAUUGUAAGUGCUUCAGGCAAAAAGUUAGUAUUCAUUCUGGGUAUUUUACUUACAGCUGUUCUCAGAAGUAAAAUUUAUUUUAAAUGAGAUGUACCAGUUCUAACGUGCAUCAGAAUAGAUCUGUCUAGAGAUCUCCUGUAUAUAUUAAUGGAUGUUCCUAUAAAAUUCAGUAAUAAACAAGUUGCUUAAAACUUAUAACCCCCGCCUGAGAGAUGGUCAUUCUAAAUGAAACUCUUACAAUUUUUGGUAUAUUACAGGUGAGGGCAACAUUGAAAAACAAACCUCCAAUAAAGACCUGAUAGUCCAGCCAGUUAGUAAGGGCAAAGAUGAUCUUUAUAGUUGUUACAGAUUGUAGUUAAUUAUUUACAAGGUUAAAUCGUUUGCCUUGGAUAUACUGCGAAGGUGGAAAAUCCCAUUAACAAAGCCUUUUCCAAACACUCCUCUUAAUUGACUGAAUCUGGAAAGAUUUCACUCUACUGAAGAUCAUCAGUUCUUCUCAAAAGCAGCUCAGGUGUAAUCACAAUAGAGGCGGGUUAUCAAGACAAAAACAGGUGUUAUUCUGUGGCAAAGCACUAAAUGAGGAGAAAUCGCCAUGGAAACCAGUAGAAUCUUUAUCACCUUGUUUGCUUUCAUAAAUCAUCUCCUACGAUGGCUAGUCACAGAGAUCUCCACUAUCCCAGUACAAGAAUAUCGCUUGUCUAAUCACCUCCCUUUGAUAUACUAUAAAAGCUCCUCAUUUGUAUCGGACACAGCUACAUACUUGCUUUCUUUAAUACGACAUGUACACAACUUUUAGUAUUAGUGUUUUUCAAAUCUAUUAAUAGGCCUGUUUUUUUUUUUUUUUAAAUAUUUUAUAUACACACACAGCUGCGUCCAUAAAUAUGAUUAAGAUACUAAUUAACUUUCCUGUGAUAAAAAAGCCCUUGAUUGACACUCUGCCACGUUUUUGGAUCCCAAGGACAGGUUUGUUGCCUUCAUUAGCACCACUCAAAGAUCCAUUUUGCUGACUUACAAAUCUAGAGUCCUUUACAAAGUUAGUUGCACCUCACACUAAAUACUUUGCAUGGACUGCUUAUAGAGUAAACAUGGUAAACCGAACAAGGACUGUUGCAUUUUAUUAUACAGGGCUAAUUGCUUUUUUUUUUUUUUUUGUAUUAUAGUUAUCAUUUGGAAUUAUUACAUCUCCAUCAUGUACCAUUGACUCAAAGUUGUGCUAGUUUUAUGUUGUCUCAGCUGAUUUGUAUAACUCUACAGAGCCAUACACCGUGCGGGAAGCCAGGAUCCAUGUGCGUCAUAUACGAGACCUCUUGAAAAGCUUGGACCCAUCUGAUGCUUUCAACGGCGUGGAGUGCAAUUCCCUUUCCUUCUUGAGUGUGUUCAGCGAUGGCGACCUUGGAGGUAUGAGGGCAGUAAUGUAGAAGGCCUUCCUGUUAGCAACUGCAUUCCUUUACUUAUUUGUGAAGCCAGCAAUUAAAGUAUUGUUGAAUUAUCAGAAAUUGUUCUUUGAUUCCUCCUAUUACAACAUAUCAAAAAGCUGGACCAAUAUGUUUGCCUGUAUGGCUGGUAACAUCACAAGGGACACUGUACAUCAAGGGUGUCAAAAAGGUCAACCCCAGAUGUUGUAGAAUUACAACUCCCAUGAUGCUUUGCAGGCCUUUAGAAUGACAAAGCAUCAUGGAAGCUGUAGUUUUAAAACGUCUGGUGAUCUACCUUUUGGGCACCCCUGCUGUACCUGAAGUUCAUUGUGUGCAGCACAACAUAUGCAUGCUGUUAGUGUCUUAAAUUAUGCAUACAGGUUAUGUUGAACCUGUACUGCAGCCAUUAAAGGAGCCCUUCAGCUUGCUAAAGUGCAUUGUCAGGAGCAUUGCAUUUUAGCUGCAGUUUACUAAAGUGCUGAUUUUCUAUUUCAAAUAUGCACUUGUAUAAAUAAUUGCAGAAACACCUCCUGGCUGUCAACCAGCCAGCAAAGAGAAGGUUAUCUUUCCGAUUCCAGUAGCUAUUGGAAGUGUCAGGUGGUCUCUGCUAAAGCGUGCCUUACUUCGUCACUUUGUGCUUGUGAGUGAUUUGGAAAAAAUGCCUGUACAUUCUUCUUUUAACAACUUUAUUCCUGUAAGAAAAACAAAACUGGUUUCAGUGAAUGUGCCAAAUAGUUUAAUUGUUUCUCUUUUAUGAAUGAGUGUUUGUAUGGAACAUACACUGCUUUCCCACUGAACACACCGGGAUGCAUUGAAAGGUCGCUGGCCCUUUUUGUUUUGUUUUUUCCCACUCUGUUUUGAGAUUUAGUAGAAGUUUUAAGUGUCUUUAGAUUAUCGUACAGUAUUUUUUUUAUAUAACCUCUGUGAACCUAUUGUGUGGCAGUACAAUUGCUUUAUAGAAGACAAAACACAUGAUUUGCUGGAACAAGAUUCUUAAUGUAAGGAAAAAAUGAUUGUGAGAUUUUUGCUAUCAGCAAUUGACAAAGGUCUUUGCUGACAAAAAUGAUCAGUGAAUUUCUAAUACUACUUUUCAGCGCAAUUUGAAAUAAAAUAAAAAAUUUGUUAAAUUUAUCACUUCCACUGUCUACUUGUGUUGUGGUUAAGCCACUGUAUAUGUUUGCUUUGGAUUAAGCAAUUUUUCCUUGAAUUUGUCCCUAUAUAGAUAGUGGAAGAAAGAAAAAGAAAGGAGCGGAUAUUGAACAGAUCGAUUGCACUCCUCCUGAAAAUAUCCUGCCCGGAAGCAAAGAGAGACCUCUAUGUCCGCUUCAACCACAGAACAAAGACUGGAGGGUAAUAUUACUGAGCCACGUGUUAUGUCUCAUAUUGUGCUGCAAAACACCUGAUAAAAAUAGAUCCAAGGUGAAAUUAAUUUGAGAUAUGUUAUAUGGAAAAUACCCUCACCCUCGAUUGACACUUCCAAACCUUGGAGAAGAGAGGCAAAGUAAUAAUUCACAUUUAUAUGCAGUAUGGUACUAUUUCAUUAAGAAAACUGGCUUUAUAACUCAAAUAGUCAAAGAACUGAUCAUGUGGCUGCUGGUCCAUGUAUAAUGCAUACAGACCCGAUUAGAAAGCUUAAAGUAACAUUCCACUGAAAUUGUUUUAACAACUUGGUAGAUAAACCCCCAUAUAAAACAUGCCUAUAUUUUGUCUGCAUGUUUUCUUUGUAGGCAUGUGGGGAGGGGGGGGGAGAGAGAAACGGCUUGCAAAAGCUGCAGUAUGCAACCUUUUCAAGCCCUCCCCAAUAUCCUAGGCUCAGUCUGUGCCAGGAUAUACACCAGUCAGAGGCUUCCUUUUGAGAUUGUAGAAGGGGGUAAGUCAGACAUUCAGUAGAUUAGAGCACCUGUCACUUGUUAGAUCUGUGAAGUGAACGAAAGCUGAAUACAACCUCCCCGGUUGUCUGCCUCCAAUUAGAAGUGUUGAUUUCUGUUGAAAUUAGCACUUUUUUUUUUAAACUGUCUAACAAUCUGUCAGCACCAAAGUUACAGUUUAGUGGAUAAGGGAGUGCGCUGGAUUUUUAUUUUUAUUGUACUCAUGGGCUCCCAGCAGCACCCUAUUUAUGUUUAGGUGAGUGCAGCCAGCCCCUUGUUUUAGCAUUUAAAAUGGGGCACUCCACUGCCAAAUUAUUGAUUUUCUCAUCCCUCCUGGGUGGUAUGUUUUCAUUACUCAUUCUCAGGUCCUCUACCAGAGGCCUGGGAGUUUGAGGGUUUGCGCAGUAUCUUACAGGUUCCUAGAACUGCACUCUUCUGGACAGCAAUCUCAGGUGUUCCAUCUGGAAUCUGUUGAAGCCACUCCCCCAACUUGGGAGUCACAGCCCCGAGUGCUCCUAUCACAACUGGGACUACUACUGCCUUCACAUUCCACAUUCUUUCUAGUUCUUCCUUAAGUCCUUGGUAUUUCUCCACCUUCUCAUGUUCCUUCUUCCUGAUGUUAUAGUCACUGGGUAUUGCCACACCCACCACGACUGUAGUCUUCCAUUCUUUGUCUACCACCAUGAUGUCGAGUUGGUUGGCUAGUACUUGCUUGUCUAUCUGGAUCUUGAAGUCCCACAGGAUCUUAGAUGGAUAUGUAGAGAUUGUAGACGUAUUAGUCCAGUGAUGUAGAUGUAAAAAAACAGAUACAAUUCAUAUCUUGUGAUACAUUUUUUUUUUAUUGGACUAACAGAACUUUUUAUUGACAAGCUUUCAGGAGAACAUCCCUUUCUCAAGUAUAAAGCAUUUCUGAGCAAGAUGAUACACAGAAUUCAAAGUUGAAUUGGGAUACAGGGGUUAAAGCAACAUGAGUACAGGUAAGACACAGGUUUGAUAGAAAAUAGACACCAUUCUCGCAGAGGGUCGUAAAUAUCUUGUGUGAAGAUCAGAGUGAGGGGGGAGAGAGAAAAAAAAACAAGUGAACUGCAGAAGAUGGUGCUAGAAAGGGAGAGUAAAAACAAAAUAAUUACUUGUAUAAAAAUUCAUGCAUUUCUCACCUUCUGGCACCAUCUUCUGCACUGCUUGCUUCUUUUUUUUUUUUCCUCUCUCCUCCCUCACUCUGUGAUCUUCACACAAGAUAUUUACGAACCUCUGCGAGAAUGGGGUCUACUUUCUAUGAAAACUAUGUCUUGCCUGUACUCAUGUCGCUUUAAACCCUGUAUUUCAAUUCAUCGUUUAAUUAUAUGCAUCAUCUUGCUCAGAAAUGCUUUAGACUUGAGAAAGGGAUGUUCUCCUGAAAGCUUGUCAUUAAAAAAAGGUAUCACAAGAUACAAUUUUUGUUUGUAUGUAUAUAUAUAUAUAUAUAUAUAUAUAUAUAUAUAUAUAUAUAUAUAUAUAUAUAUAUAUAUAUAUAUAUAUAUAUAUAUAUAUAUAUAUGUAUGUAUAUAUGUAUAUAUAUAUAUAUAUAUUGUUAUAGUAAUUUUUUUAUUUUUUUUAUUUUGACUUAAUGUCAGCGUCACUUAAUUAAAGCUAUAUCUGACAAUUGUCUUAUUGCAGCCUUUGCAGUGUCUAAAAGUUCUCACCAUGAGUGGCUGGAACCCUCCGCCUGGCAACAGGAAGAUGCACGGAGACCUGAUGUAUAUCUACGUUAUUACCAUGGAAGAUCGGCACGUCAGCAUCACUGCUUCCACCAGAGGAUUCUACCUCAAUCAGUGAGUGUCUGUCCUGCAAUCUAAUGUAAAGUCCGCUUAGCUAAAACCGUGUUUAUUUUAGGUAGAAUGAAAUUGUGAGCCAAUAUGACCUUGAUUUUAAUAUCAACACACUUCUCUGAUUGCCCCAUUCCAAGAACACAAGCAAUGACCAUAAUGUAUUAGAAGUAUCUGUACUGCUCCCUUUUUUGUUUUUUACCUGCGUCACUCUUUCUCAUCAAGAUUAUAGUCUGUAGACUUUGUCAACAUGGAUUGCCCUGCAGAUUUGACAUCAUCCAUUCCGUAUAGCCCUGUUUUCAAUAAAUGGGAAUAAACUAGAUAUUCUGAGAAUGUGGUUACGUAGUGUCAUGAUAGACUGUUUUUUUUUUGUUCUUUUUUAUCCUUGCUUAAAUCUGCAUUGUGUUUUAAGAAAUUUCAAGUGGCAAAUAUAUGAUCUGAGAAAAUCAAACUUCAGCUUAGCUGCAAUUGGAUAAUGUCUUAAACACAUAGUAUGUUGUAGCUGCUGUAGUUCCCCUAUUUACCAUUAUGAAGUCUCAAAGCAGAGAAUUUAGCAGCGCUAACCGCACAGAUAUCUUUAACUCUCUUAUAUUGUUAGUACAAGAUUAUAUAAAAUAUAUAAAUAAUACAAUAAACAAAUAGGGAUUGUCUUAGAAGCAAUAGUUUUCUUUUAAAAUAUUUUAUUAAAAUAUGAAUAAAUAUAGUCAUAUAAAAACUUGAUAAUUAUAAUAAUUUACAGCAGAGAUUAUAUGAUUAAAGUAAAUGCUUGCUUGCAGUAUCCAUAAAUGUCAAUCUCUAAGCCUUGUAAGAUGCAGCGGCAUCAAUUCUUUCCUUUGUGUGUGAUAGUACACAUAUUUAUACCAUAGAUUUUCACUUAGGUCAUGUUUAGGAAAAUAGAAAAACAAACCUAAUCUAUCUCAACUUGACCAUUAAAUGACAAAGCCUUGACUUGGUCAUUUCACAUGGGGACAACUUAAUCAGUCUAUUGUCAUAAGCUAUACAUCCUAAUCGGUUUGGACUAAAUCCUUUUAGGUGGCUUUCCUUCCCUCCCCGCCUCCCGUUGAUGUCACACUAACCUAGGGCAAGAUGGCAUUUGUACGAGAAUCAAUGUUUCAAACAACAUGUUUGCUACAUCUCUUAAAGACAAAGUACACCGUUUAAGAAAUACAACUUUUCAUUCUAAAAAACCUGCAAUAUUUGAUAAUGUCCAUAACAAUGUGAACGUAUAGCAAGCUUAAUACACCACCAUUCUUCCUUUUGCCUCUAAUGCACAUAGUCGGGGAAUUGGCUCUUGUUUGUGUGCUUUUUGCAGGUUGUUUAGAGGACCGAAAGUCUCCAAUCAAUUUUAAUGUAUUAGUUGUGAUGUUCUUGCUUUAUAUGUCCUCGAGAUAUUGUUAAAGUUUGUUUGUUUUGAUACGCCUUUCUAGAACAGGAAGAGCAAAAAGUAAAUAUGACAUUAGCGGCAUGAAAUAUAUAACCUCAAACAAACAUAAUCUCCAAAAGAAAUAAUAAAAGAAUGUGAGAACGGAACAGAGCCACCAAAAGUGAAGCACAUGUAUUGCCCAAACCCAACCAAACACGUUCAAGUAUUCGUGUUAUUUUAAGUGUCAUAUCAUUGUACGUGUGUUGUAAAAACCUGGAGCGCUUGGCUUGCAAAUCAAGACAAUAUUUUCUGAUUACGCUAAGUGAGUGAGCUACCUUUUUGGCACUCCAGAUGUUGUGGACUAAAUCUCCUAUAAUGGUCUUACUGCCAUAAUGCUGGCAAACCAUCAGGGGAGGUCUCCAGCCGUUUUUGUUCCAACUCUCCCCUGAGUAAUGGGUGUGCGUCGUGACACUUGGAAUCCAGUAGCUGCAGGAGAAUCAAAGAUUGGUAUCUCCCAGCCAGUCAUGUUUAUUAAUCCAUUUUUUUUUAUCAGACCAAACCCAACUUUACAAUUUAGCAUAGGGCUAAAUUUAGGAUGGCUUCUCAUGCUGAAAGUCAGCUGUAUUAUUUGUUGCAGGAUGUUGCAUUGAAACAUUAUCCCUUUUUAAUUAUUUUGUGUUUUCUGCCCUGCCCUUUUCGUGGCAAAUUAAUUUGUUUGAAUUUUCUCUCAUUGUGGGCAAUGUAUUAAACUUCACCAAGCCAAUUAAAUGCAGAGUGCUUGACUGUACGGCCCUGUUCCCAUUUUGCUUUUCCAGAUCUACUGCUUACAGCUUUAAUCCUAAACCAGCCAAUCCCAGCUUCCUCAGCCACUCCCUGGUGGAACUGCUGAAUCAGGUCAGCCCUACGUUCAAGAAGAAUUUUGCUGCCCUACAGAAGAAAAGGUAAAACCAGAUUUCAUUGUUAAUGGCUCAUAAACCUCUACUGUUUUCUGUUUGGCUAUAUGAGCCUCACAUUUGAAAUACAGCUUGAAUUCCAGGCUGUUGUGACUUUAAACCUUAAUCCUCAAUUGUUGUUGCUUUUAUGCAUUAACACACUCUUUCACAUAUAUGUACCAACACCUGGAUGCAUCUACAUAAGCGUUUUAUUUAGCAGAAUUGGGUAGGGAUGAGCAUUCAUAAGAUAAGGAAGUGGUUUCUUUAGAAAGGCACAGCUGUUAUCAUUCUAGCUCUUUUCCGUCCCCAUUAUAAUGAAGAUGCUUUUCCCACGGAAAUAAUGGGUUAUUAUUGAAGUGGCAAAAUGUAAGGGGUGACAUGCUGUGUCACUGGAGAAAGUGAAAGAAAUGUUUCAUGUUGGGGAGGCAGGAUUGAUGACUAAGGUUCUGGAAGUUAUUUAAUGGGAGGGUGGGAAUAAAUAUGCUGCAUCAAGUCUACAACUGCUCUGUCUAGGAAUGGCUCCUUUUUAUGUGUAUAUUUAGAACCACGUGAUAUCAAGAAUUAAAGGUGCACAUAAAGCACUUAUGCUGUUUGGAGUCUGCAGUAUUUGUAACAGUUGAUUAAAGUGCUGAUUUUCAAGAAAAUUCAGCACUUUUAUAAAAACUCGCCAAAAAGUGUCCCCAGCUGUCAGACAACUGGGGGUGACUUCUUUUGUUGUGCUAGAGCAAGCUUGCCUCCCCCCUUCUCAAUAAGUUGCACUGUAGCCAAGUAGAAACAUUACAAAGUCGCUUGUGUAAGCCUCUGCUUUAUUCCCCAGCAGGUGUCUUUCGGGGUAUAUUUACUACAUUUUUAAAGAAAAGGUUAAAUUCAGUGGACUGUUCCUUUUAAUGUGCGCACUGCUUUUAUAGAAAGAAUUAAAACUAGAUGCAGACUCUAACCUGCAUUAAACCUGAUAUUUAACCCCUUAAGGACCAAACUUCUGGAAUAAAAGGGAAUCAUGACAUGUCACACAUGUCGUGUCCUUAAGGGGUUAAUUAUCUGCUGAAAUAUUAUAGUAAAUUAUAUAGUGCCAACAUAUACCGCAGUGCUGUAUAUUUAGCAGGAAAUCACAUCUGGGGAAGGCUAUGGUAAAGCGGUUUCUGUAAGAAGCUAGCAAUUCUACUUUCUAUGUAAAAAUUUGCAUUAAGGCUGUUUUGGGAAAUUUUGGACACGGUUUGUUUGCCCGUGCGUUCAUUCUGAUGUCAAAACCUUCACUUUUAUUUUGCUUGUAGAGCAGUUGAUAUGGAAAUAGUUUUUCCCAUUUAUUUUUAUAAACCGCAUUGCUCGACACAUAGGCAGCCUGUCAUCUGGGCACAUGAUUGUCAGGAUGAUACGUCCCUCUUCAGAUAGGAACAUUGUCCUUAACACCCAGUGUUUCACGGUCACUCACUUUUCAGCCUUGUAGUGUCAUUCCAUUUCAUUUUAAACAUGCAAAACUUAGUAGAUCUUAUCAAAGUUUAUCAAAUGUCCUUUUGCAAUUUUAAAAAUGGUGUGAUUUCCUGAAUGCAGCAUGUGCUCUUCUCAUUGUGUAAGGAGGUCCCUUUUUUCCAGUCUGCAAUGUUAAUUCUAACUUCAGUAAUUUGCAAGAAUGCCUCUUGUGACUGAUUUUCAAGAGUUUUCUACUAAAUUUGUGUAACCGUACGCUAUCAGAGUAUUAGUACACUAAUGUACACUAACACUCCUUUACUGUUAUGAAGUUGUCUACUUCACAUAUAAGAGCGAGUUUGCAAGGAAUUCUACAUGGGUAGAAGAGCUUACAGGUUUGCAUCAUCAUGUCUGUGCUACACCUGCUUUAAAGAAUAUGAUCCUUUGUUCUCAAUUGGCAUAGAAUUGUUUCAGAGAGAGUUUGCCUUAGAAGUUAAUAACUCCACCACGACUCAGACCAUAUAAUGGGCAUACGCCCAUACUUAAAUUCUAUAGCAUUGGUUCAUUAGAGCCAUGAACGCAAUCUGUUUAUUAGCUCAUCACUAUGUCCUAUAAACAGCUUUUGUUUCUCCAAAUUUCACAUUAUAAUUUGUUCCUGAAAAUUGUAAACUAAUUUUAUAAUGAAAGGCUGUUUUUAUAGGAUUUUAAAACCCUGUUGGAGUCCUUGUAAUUAACUGCUAUGUUACAGUACAGGGUUAUUGCUGUCCGUUUGUUUUUUUGUAGUUGUGUUUUUUUGUGUUUUUUAUAAAAAAAAAAUUAUUUACAGUAUAAAUUUUAUUUUUUUCUUGAAUUUUGAUUCAUAACAAAUCCAUUCCUGUGUGGUGUUCUUGUUGAAGUGCACUCACAGGACUCAAUAAUAUUUCUAAUCGUGCUGUUUAUUCAAGCAUCAAGUAAUACAAAGAAGUGUCAACGUUUCAGUCCUUGACGGACUUUUUGUGUGUGUGUAAAUAUAUGUAUGUCUGUCACUUUCCACGUGUCCCGCACUCACUGCUCCCGGUCUUGUUAAUGCCUCGGUGCAAACUCCGACCAUAAGUAUAUAUAGGUUCUUGUUGAAGUGCACUCACAGGACUCAAUAAUUUUCGGAAUACAAUAGUGUGUGUGUGUGUGUAUGUAUGUGUGUGUGUGUAUAUAUGUAUAUAUCUAUCUAUCUAUAUCUCACACACACUAUCUCAUGUGUAGUAGUAUCAGUAUUGUUUUUUUUUGUUUUUUUUCUUUUUUGUUUUUCUGAUAAAAGGAUCGAUCUUAAAACAUGAUUAACCAGGAAGAAUACAUUGUGUUUUACAUGGUUUAUGGUAGUAAUCAAUGGAGAACUGAAAUAAUUAGGUACACUCUUUUUGUUGAAGGAUACAAAAUGAAUUUAAUGCAGUCCUACGUGCGUGGUGUUUUUGUUUUGUGUCUGUUAAUUUAUUUUUAAUUAAAAUGGUUGCUUUUAAAAACAAGUCUACUUCCAAUCAAUAGCACUUUUUUAGCUUCUCCAUUGUAUUCCGAAAAUGCAUAAAAGUCCUAUGACCAGAGAUUAAACACGAGCAGAGCGAAGUAGAUGUUAAAAUAAAAUCCUGGGCAUUCUUUAUAAGAAGCUUUUGUGGGGCACUUUGCUCUCCAGUAAGAUAAUAUCCCCUCUUGUGUACAAGUUUAAGUAAUAUAUGACCAUGUGGUGUGAUGCAUUGUUCUAGAGUUCAGAGACAUCCUUUUGAACGGAUUGCCACACCAUUCCAGUUAUACAGCUGGACUGCACCCUUAGUUGAACAUGUGAUGGACUGCGUCAGAGCGGAGGAUGCCUACACAUCUCGUCUUGGUUAUGAAGAGCACAUCCCAGGACAGGUACCAAUUGUUCAAGCUAUUUUGAUACUUGUGUAGGAGACAGGCUGGGCAGUAUAGAGGAUGUAGCGCAUAACAGCAGAUGUGUCAAAGGCUUGCGCUAGCUGAGAUAUUACACGGUUGAUCAACAAUAAUCAGCCACAUUCUAUUUGGCAUUGGUCAAAUGCUAAGCAGUCAUGCUUACAGUUGCAGAAAAAAAGCCUGAAGUAAGCGAUAAUUCAUCUUCAUCUUUGCAGGGAUCCUGCAGAAUUUUUGAGUUAUGUAUUGGCCUGCAUAGCUUAAUGAUUCACUGGUUGUAUUCGCCAGCUUUUGGGAUGGGAUUUAAAAGAACUUCGUAUUACACGCAAUGACUCUUUGUUUCAACAAAAAAAACUGAUUGUGAUUAUUUCAGACCAGAGACUGGAAUGAAGAACUGCAGACCACGAGAGAAUUGCCACGCAAAAACCUGCCAGAAAGACUCCUGCGUGAGAGAGCUAUUUUUAAGGUAUUGCACGGAAUACCCUAUUUUUAUAGGCGAAGAUCUGGGGCAAAGUACAACAUUUGCAUAGGAAACUAUGGAUUGCUUCUGCCUAUUGCACCAAAUGCUCUUAUAUGAUUUGUCUCACCCAAAAAAAAAGUUUUAUCCGUAAUUUUUCUACAGAGUUUUCAUUUUGGGAGUUUACCUGUGUGUGGUUGAUCUUGCUAAUGAUGACAUAAUGGAUGACUGUGCAGGCUAGCAUCGUUAUUGUACACUGUGCUCCUAUAGGAGUGGUAGGCAACCUUUGGCGUUCCAGAUGCUGGACUUCAUCUCCCAUGAUGCUUUGUCCGCUUGGCUGUAAGAGCGUUCUGGGAGGUGUACUCCAACAUCUGGAGAGCCAGAGAUUGCGUAUCCCUACUUGGUAUUGUUGCUGAUGUCUCAGAACUAAUGAUUGUAAAGCUGUGGAUAAACCCAAUCGUGUUUGUGUUGAACUCUUGUCAAAUGACGGAGUAGUCAUGUUUGACGUACGCCACAAAUGCCACGGCAAAUUGCAUAGAAAUCGGGAUAGCUAUUGCAAAUAUACAUAUGUUGUUGGCUUUACCCGUAUUGUAAUUGUUUUUGUAAUUUAACCUGUUUCCUUUAGUGCUUUUUAUUUCUUUUUCUGUUUUGUCUUUAUUGGAUUUUUUGUUUCUGCAAUAAAUGUAUAUUCUUCGAGUGCUAUAAAGUUCUAGUGAAGCUGAUUUAGUAUUAAGCAAAAAUAGCUCACUCUGAGUUAUUCAUCAAAAUGAGAACUAAAACUGAACUUAAGGCCAAAAUCAAAGAACUGGAAAUGUUCUCCAAGUCCACUAUCCUUUCACAUUUGAAUUCUAACUUUACUAAAUAAUCAUGGAAGUGGGAACCGCUCUAAAACCUAUAUCUCUGUCCUAUGAUCAUUUUAUUUUAUCCACCGUGCACAUCACAGUUUAAAAAUUCAAUUAAUCUAAAAGGUGUCAUGUGAUCUUUUUUUUAAAUUAUUAUUUUUUUUUUUUAAAGGUACACAGUGACUUUGCUGCAGCAGCUACGAGAGGAGCCAUGGCAGUAAUUGAUGGCAAUGUCAUGGCCAUAAAUCCAAGUGAGGAGACAAAAAUGCAGAUGUUUAUAUGGAACAAUAUCUUCUUCAGCUUGGGUUUUGAUGUCCGGGAUCACUACAAGGAUUUUGGUGGUGAUAGUGCUGCCUAUGUGUCUCCCACAAAUGACCUUAAUGGGGUACGGACAUACAAUGCUGUAGAUAUUGAGGGGCUGUACACCCUUGGGACAGUGGUAGUGGAUUACAGAGGUUACAGGGUAACGGCACAAUCUAUAAUCCCUGGAAUAUUGGAGCGAGAACAGGAACAGAGUGUUAUAUAUGGUUCUAUUGACUUUGGCAAGACUGUUGUCUCGCAUCCAAAGUAUUUGGAGCUUUUGGAGAAGACCAGUCGGCCACUCAAGAUCCAGAAACACAAGGUCCUGAAUGAUAAGGAUGAGGAAGUGGAACUGUGCUCUUCGGUUGAAUGCAAGGGUAUAAUUGGCAAUGAUGGACGCCAUUAUAUCUUGGACCUUCUACGGACUUUCCCUCCAGACCUCAAUUUCCUCCCUAUUGAAGGAGAAGAAAUGCCAGAGGAUUGUAAGAAAAUGGGGUUUCCUAAGGAGCACAGGCACAAACUGUGUUGUCUACGCCAGGAACUGGUGGAUGCGUUUGUAGAACACAGGUAAAACUAAAUACAUUUUAUCCUGAAUUACACUGAUAAUAGAUAUCCUACAGGGAACUGUUGUGUUUUCCCCAUACACAUGAUGUGGCAAGCAUAUAUUUUCUUUUCUAAGAGUAAAUUGUUACAGAAUCUUUUAUGCUCUGUACACAAUUAAUCUGAAAGUGAUUACCAUGUAGAAGAAUAGUGACUGCCUUGAAGUAGGCAUGGAGUGUUAAACUACAACUCCCUUGAUGCUUUGCAUACUUUUGGAAUGCUUUUAGAAUGGCAAAGCAUCAUAAAGCUGUAGUUUUUAAAACAUCUGGGGAUCUUCCUUUUGGGCACCCCUAUUCUAUUAGUUUUCUGCUACACGAGAUACUUUAAAGCAGCAGUCUGUGCAAACCCUGUGUAUGUGUGUCUGAAUAGCACAAUCUCAACACAUGUCUGUUCCUGUUUGCAUAGCUUUCCCUGUUACAGGUGAAAUCCUUACUUCUUACCUAGCAAGUUUGCACUGGAGAUAUUUACUUGUGCCAAUGCUUCUCAAAUCUGAUGUAAGGUGUCAAAAUAAAUCAAUGUGGGAUAUCUAGCAAUGAUCUGUUUUUGUGCAUCUGCAAUAGGGUACAUUUUGUUUUGGUUGCAAUAUUUGGUUUAAUCAAUGGUAAUAACCAACAUUUAGGUUUUCAUUGUUAAAAAAAAAAAAAAAAAUAAAGCAACAAAAAAAACAAAUUCUUCACUCCCCCCUCCUUCGCGUAAUGUUCUUACCGUGUUUCCAUGGUAGCUGCAUCUUUUAAAGUGGGAUGGUGAUUUUAUGUCGCAUCUGUAGGUUUUGGUGACUGUGCUUGAACUGUAUCGUGGCAAACCUUUGCUUUCCACAUUCACAUAAUAAACACUGCCAUUUAUGUUGAAGUAAUAGGAGGUAAAUGUAGGUCUACAGGCUGUAUAAAUGAGGACAGUAAUACCUCUGCUUAGAGAGACUCCAGGUUCCAUGUACCAAGCACCAAGCCUGCCAAGUUCAGGGUUUCAUCAUUAAAAAGCUUUGAUAUAUCUUAAUUCAGUUGGAACUCACCAUUCGGAAAAAAACUAAUUUCUCUUUUAGAUGUUGGUUCCUCCACUCUACUUCUCCCACAAGAGUUAGUUGAUCUCUAAUCCAGUGGCAAGAAGGUCCAUUGCUGCAGCUGUUGGGAGGCUAGGUUCAUGUUACCUUUUUAUACUGACGGUCUCCUGGAAACCAAUGCUUCUCUAUGAGAAGCCCUUAUACUUUGUGCAAUCGCCCAUGGUGGGUGAGUGAGGAAGGGCAUCCUGGGUGCAAGCCAGAAAUCUUUUGAUAUCUACAUUUUUCUGAAGAGAGGACACGGUUAACUCCCAAAACACUUAAACAAGCUGAACUGCCUUGGUGGUUUGGAAUGUUUCUUCAAAAUGUUGAAGAUUCUGCAGAUCGAUAUGAAGCGAGGUUGUUUUUCUAACGCGAGAACUUCAUAAGAAUGCUUUUAUACAAAAAUUGUUAUAAACUAGUUGAACAGUUGGUGGCUUGGUGUUGGACCUUAAGCUCUAGAAGGCUGUACAUUGUGCAUAUCUGAUAGUGAUUCUUAACAUGAUUAGUGUUGCUCUUAUUUAACACAAGAUGCACCUUUUACAAGAAUUCAAAUACACAAAAUGGGAAGUGGUUUUUUUUUUCUUUCUUUUUUUUUUCUUCCCAGAAAGGUCUUUAAUCUGUUCAUAUUUAUUAUUUACCAAAUAUUUUUUGGUCUUUAAUCUGAUCGUAUUUAUUAAAUUGGGUUUAAAGUGAACUAGAAAGGGUUGGGCUUUCCCUACCUAAAUUCUGCCAUUUUCCCCUAAAAUAUCCUUCUUAAUAAAGACCAAAUUUAGAGCGGUAGAAAAAGAGAAAUUAAAGGGAACACUUUUCUGGUGGAAAAAGUGACAAAUUGAAUCACUGGAGAAAAAAAAAGACAUUCAUUCCACUUUGAUAAAGUCAGCAAAAAUUGAUAUGCAGUCGUCAAUCCAGUGUUUUUAUUCUUCCCAGAUACCUCCUGUUCAUGAAGAUGGCUGCCAUGCAGCUGAUGCAACAGAAACCUUCCGUACAGGAGAACGCAGGUGCUUUGGAAAAUGGAAGCUCGCCGUCAGAAGCUUGUAAUAAGGACGAGCAGGCAGAAGCUGCCAAAUCAGAAGAUAAUUCAGAGAGCAUUGACGAUCCAGAGGCCAAGCUCAGAGAACUGGAGGAAAGCAUUGAGGCCCAUAAUGAAACGGGUAUUUGGUUAUAAUUGGCACACUUUGUGGAUUUUAGUUUUAAAUGUUUUCAUAUGUUCUAAAAGUGAGAUGCAGAAUCUGUGAUACAAGUGCUUGUUUUAAUAAGUAAUCUCUACAUAAAGCAGUCUUCUCUAUAUUUCUGUAUAUUUCAAAUGUUACAAUCCGUUGAAUUGAUCUUCUUCUAUAAAAGGUUUUUAAAGGCAAACCCAGAGUACAAAAUUUCCACUUUUCAUUUGCAAUUAGAAAUUCACCCCCAGUACAUGUGCCAUGGACUUUGAUGUAGUUUUAGUGUAUUGAUCAUGUACCUGCUCAAUUCUCUCCCAUUUAGGAGUGAAUUCACUUUUUAUGUUUAUCUUUAUGAACUCCUAACCACAUCUCCCCUGACUGUGACUUUCACAGUCUGCAAUAAAUAAAAUUAAAAUAAAAUAAAAAAGAUUCAUUUUCAAUCAGACUUUAAUUGGCUUUAGAAGUUUUUAUUUCCUGCUCUGUAAAUUAAACUUUAAUCACACACAUACUCCUGCAGGGUCUAGGAGGCUAUUAACAAAUCAGGAGAUAGGAUAUCUGUGCAGUAAGGGAAUCUAGAACAUCCAAGUUACUUUUAAGGAAGUGCUAAGAAAGGCUGUGUGACUAGGACUGUAUAGACAAAUUGAUUUAACUCCUAAAUGGCAGAUAAUUGAGCAGGGAGACUACAGGCACAUGAUCUAUAUACCAAAACUGAUUAAUAAGGCUAAAGUUGUUGGUAACUAUAAUGUCCCUUUAAUGUCCCAAGCUAUUCUGAAAAACCUUCUUGAGAUGGCCAGCAGCCUGCUUUUCUCGUAAGUGGCUGUUUUUAUCAUUCUGCUUUAAAAUGUUGAUAUCGACAGAAUUAUGAUUACAAACGCACAUUUUAGGCAUUUCUAUGACCAUUACAGGUUCCAUUACCAGAUGUUCUGACUGUGUUUUUUACUUGUAUAUUCAGUGGAUGCAAAAAGUAGAGAGGUGAUCCGGAAAGCUUGUGAGUCAGUUUGUUCCAUCAGUGACACAUCCUUCGACAUUCGAUUCAACCCUGAUAUCUUCUCACCAGGUACGGACUGGGCUUUUUAAAUCACUGGUACUGUUUACAAGAAGACAUUACUAAUCAUUACAUCUGUUCUCUGCAAACCUGCACUUCCUUUUUAUGAAAACACUGUGUCUAUUUCUGCGCCAAGGGCAUUUUAAUAAAAGGGGGGGGAAAAAGGACAUGUCCAAGGACAAACUAAAAGCUGACACGUUGAUCUGCGCAUUCCCGUAUCAGAUAGUGGUUAUCAUUUAAUGGAUUGAUUUUUAGCUGGUGUCCACAUUCUGUUCAUUAGAAGCUGUAGUCAUUCAGUCACAAAGGCCCUGUGAUAUGCAAGGGCAGUAUAAGGUCACUCAUUGUUUACCACCUUGGGCCUAAGGCCCCUUUCACAUUGGAUCAGACACUAUAUGUACAAAUGUACCAGAUCUCAGUAUUUAUCCUGUUCAUUUGGGAUUUGCCAUUUACUAAGCAAUCCAGAAUGUUUGGUAUUCCUGUUUCUGAAACUGGGAUUCAUUCUAUGCUGCUGACUAUGUGAAGAGCUGGUAUUUUUUACAGAGGUCCUUCCUGCAGUUUCAGGGACAUACUGGUGUCACGCUGUUCUUUAUCACAAGGAAUAUCGAUUUUUCACUGCACAUUGCAUACUGACCUUUUCUAUCUUAUUCUCCUUUAACAGGCGUGCGUUUUCCUGAGUCAACUCAGGCAGAGGUGCAGGUUCAGAAGCUAUUAUUGAAGGACGCGGCUGCUUUUGUGUUAACCUGUCAGAUACCAGGUUUGGUGAGUUGAAAGCUCCCCGAUCUUGUCAUUGUGCCUCUUUUUCUUUGUUUCACCCUGGGGAGCCUCUGGCUGAGUGCAAUGUGAGAUAAGAUUUUAUUCUAUCUGCUGCUGAAAGAUCAGAUGAACAUAAGCGAAGUGACAGCAUGAUGUACGUUUUAUAUGUUGGUAAAAUUUAAUUUUGUUACAUAUUAUCGCUUCAUUUAAAACGGCCUAGUUUCCUUAAUUUCCUAGUGGAAUAUUUAAAGAUAAUAUAGUUCUUACCUAUUUAUAAUUACAUUCAAAACAAUAUAGACAUGUUAAGGAUUAGAUGGAGUGAAAAACUUGUCUUAAUUAUACUUUAUUUAAUUUGCCUCUGUAUUUAUGAAUCAAAAGAAUUGAGAUCAGGCAGAAAGUGCUUUGAGGUGGGGGAAGUUGGCAUUAACUAUAUGGUAAUACUGAGGAGUAAAAUAUUUUUUGGCUUCAUGGUGAUUUGAAAUAACGGUGUUCAUUCCUCACAGAUUAAAGAUUGUCUUGAACACAAUAUUGUUCCCAUGGAUGGGGCCACUAUGACUGAUGCAAUGCACCAGAGAGGAAUCAACAUGCGAUAUUUGGGAAAAGUCAUCGAUAUUGUCAAUAAGUUUCCCAUCCCACCCCAGAUAGAUCACGUACAUGUGAGUAAUCCAUUUUUCAAACUCUUGGUUCAUUUCAUUAAGGGACAGAAAUGUUAAAUCUUGUUCUCCACUACAGCUUAAAUCUGAAUAUUGACAUUUCCUAAUCCAGUAUUUAUACAGUAAGUGGACCCUGGUCACUAUUCAGCUCUGGUAUUUGAUCAAUUACUUUUUUAUUUUUUUGGUUAGAAAUUAGUAUGUUUUAUCCAACACAUUCACAAUCCAAAAAAUCCCACAAUCAUUUUCUGUUGGCAAAGCAGCUAAAAUUAGAAAUCCUUAUUGACUUAAAACUGAACUUAAAGGAUCACUAUAAGGUCAGGAACACAAACUUGUAUUCCUGAUCCUAUAGUGUUAAAACCACCAUCUGGGCCCCUCAUGCCUCCAUAAAUAUAGCAGAAUCUUACUGUAUUCAAGCCUGAAGCUGUAGAUCUGCAUGCUGUUUGCCUCAGAAAAACACGCUGUCUGCUGACCUCAUCAGAAGUGGGGGCCUGAUCCAAUCACAAUGCUUCUCCAUAGGAUUGGCUGAGACUGACAAGGAGGCAGAUCAGGGGCAGAGCUAGUAUGAUUCAAGCACAGGCCUGGCCAAUCAGCAUCUCCUUAUAGAGAUGAAUUGAAUCAAUGAAUCUCUACGAAAAAAGUUCAGUGUCUGCAUGCAGAGGGAGGAGAUACUGAAUGUUUGGAUGCAUUUUAAGCAGCCAUAACCCAGGAAGGAUCUCUAACAGCCAUCUAAGGAGUGGUCAGUGAAGUUAUCACUAGGCUGUAAUGUAAACACUGCAUUUUCUCUGAAAAGACAGUGUUUACAGCAAAAAGCCUGAAGGUAAUAAUUCUACUCCCCAGAACAAAGGCAAUAAGCUGUAGUUGUUCUGGUGACUAUAGUGUCCCUUUAACUUGCAGUAAUUUGACCUGUGGAUAAAUACUCUUGAGAUCUCAAUAUUAAGUAAAAUUACUCCCUCUUGCAAAAAAUCUACACUGCCUCUCUGACCAAUUGUCUAGUGCUGUAAUGAUAUUAUUGUGCAACACUGUGUUUCUGCUGGUGCGACAGGAUUUCACUGUGAAACACUAAACACACAGACUCACCAACUAUUACAUCUGUUUAUCUAUUGUUCAAGAAGUGCCUGUUCUGCCAUGGAGGUGCUGUUUAUAUGAGUGCAUAUUGCACGCCAGGUAUCUGGUCAGUGUAGAAAUUAACAAUGUUGUUUUCUCUUCUGGGCUGUACUGACGCUUUAAUGUCAUUUGUACUAAAGUUGUUUUAAAUUAGGAACCAGUUUAAUUUUUGUUUUCCCCCCCUCAGAGAAUUUUAGUAAGUGAAGUGAUUACCCGUUCUGCAAAGCACAUAUUUAAGACCUACCUUCAGGUAAGAACAUUUUUUGAAUGAUUUGUUCUGCAAUCUAUGGAAACCCCCUUCUUUUUUUUUUUAAAUAAUCCUCAUUAAUGUUAACUUCUUUCAAUAACUGUAAUAUGGAAAAUGUAAACUGAAAAUGAUAAAAAUGUCUAAUUUUCCAAACAUCCUGUUAUUGUACUUAAAGGUGAAUGGAGCGCAUGCUGCUAAGCAAGAAUGUACUCAAUCAUGUUUAAUUGUAAAUUCCAGUUCACAUGUAUCCAAUCUCGUGUUCUGGUUACACCCAACUCCUCGAGGCAGCUUUCUGAUGUCAUUUUGACUUUCAUCUUUUCACAGGGUGUGGAGUUGUCCGGAUUAUCUGCUGCCAUCAGCCACUUCCUGAAUUGUUUCCUCAGCUCCUUCCCUAAUUCUGUUGCUCACUUGCCCACUGAUGAGCUGGUGUCCAAGAAAAAGAAUAAGAAACGCAAGAACCGAAAUCUCAGCAGUGUUGAUAACACCGCAUGGGCAGGCGUCACUCCUCAGGAGCUGUGGAAAAGCAUCUGCUCAGAAGCUAAAGCCUACUAUGAUUUCACUCUGGAAUGGUAACUAGCCAUUUAACAGUCUUGUGUUACCUUUAUUUUAUACCAGUUGUAGAUGCCCAGGGCUACUCAAACACUGUCAGUCAUAGAUAUGAUUGGCUGCAGGCUGCCUGUACAAAGUGUAGGUUGCAAAGAAUGGAUUCCUUUGGAUGUUGUCCCAUUAGGGUUGCCGGACCUCUAUGGGUUUUGUGAGAUAUUUAAUUUCUGCAUUCUGUCAGGCAGGGUUUAACCCCUUAAGGACACAUGACAUGUCAUGAUUCCCUUUUAUUCCAGAAGUUUGGUCCUUAAGGGGUUAAAGCAUAGGCUGAGAUCACAAAUCAGAGUAAUUUGUUGGAGUUUGGUACCAGACUAAUGAUAUUCAAUGGAUUUCCUUUUUCAGUGAAAAUGUAGACCAAGCAGUGGAGACCUAUAACAUCCAGAAAAUCAGUCUUCUGAGAGAAAUAUGUGUCAAAGUUGGAAUUCAGGUAAAUGAAAUAAUUUUUUUGUGUGAAUCCUCUAAAACAAAUUAACGUUCUUACAAUAAAAAAAAGCAGCCAGUUUAUUGUUGGGUAACCUCUGCAACUUUACCAUGAGCAAUAUCCAAGUCUUAAAAUGGCUCCUCCGUUAUCUUCUAUGCACCUUUUUGUAUUGCUCGAUUGUAAAUUGCUUUGAUGUCUCAUUGACCCGUACAUUUUAUUGGGCCCCGCAUCUUUCGAGUGCACAAACAUUCUCUCUUUUCUGAACAGGAGAAAGUUGACAAUGAUCCAAUGCAAUACUGUCAAAACUUAUUUAGUACUCACAACCGAAAAAAAUGAUUAAAGGAACUCUAAGUUUUAAAAUAUUUUUAACAUGUCCUUUGUUUUUGUUUCUGGGCUCCCCUCUUAAAAGGAAAAAAAAGGCAUAACAUUGAUUUUUAACCCAGCCAUUAGCCAGUAUUAUCCUGUAAGCUCCUCCCCCCCCAGAGAUCAUCUUUGAUAAACAUGACUUACAGUGCAUGUGCAGCAAUCUACGCCAAUCCACGUUCUUCUUAGACAAACAUGGAAUCUAACACUUAAAUGUCAGGCGUGUUUGGCAUGCUUAGUGCAAGCUUGCUAUUAGUAAUGAUGCCAAACGGUAAGACAAUCAGUGUUCAAAGAUCUUAAGGAGGAAUUGCCCCUAGUGGCUGUCAGUUUGCUCUAAUGGCAUGCUCUCUGAACAAUACAAACAUUGCUGUUUCUCAGAGAAAAAGGAACAGCAUUUAUCGGGUGUCAUUUUAAUAAUCUGAGACUGUUUUCACGUGUGUAAAAAAAGAUAUAUUGUUAAUUAAGAAAGGGGGGGAAAAAGGAGAUUCCUCUGUACUUUAACAAAGUUUACUGUAUUGUGCAAAAUAAUUCUUGUUUUAAAAAUAAAUGUUGCUUAGAAUGCAGAUAAGAAAUAUUACUUGGGUAAAAUCUGCCUGCAGCCUGUAUAAACUCUCAUAUUACAUCCUAUACAUUUUAAGUUAUUUGAAAAGAAAUAUAUAUUUUUGAGUUUUUUUUAGUAUGAAAUUGAAAAUAUCUUUGGACAAGAGGUUUUUAUUCUUAGAACACUGUAGGUACUGUAAUUGUUUCAUGCCGUUGAAGUGAUUAUAGUGUGAGAAGUCCCCCAGCGUCUUUCCUUCCAUUUUGCAUUAAGAGAGUUUCCCCAGCAACUCCUCUACUCUGUGCUGAUUGUACUUUUCAGGAAACAUUGGCCUAAGCAACAGUGGGUUGGUGUGAGUGGCUGACCUUUUUUAGUGCUCAUUGCUGGUACGAACUGGUAUGACUAGAAGAAAAGUGUGUAAUCUCUGCCUUAGCCAUACCUUUAGUGGAGAUGAUGGCCAGCCUUGAAUCGCAUUCAGUGUUAAACAGCUAAAAAUGUUUAGCACUGGAUGAUUUAAUGGAGGAGGAAGCACCAGGCACCAUAACCAAAUCAGUUAGAUGAAAUAGUUAUGGUGUCUAAAGUGUCCCUUGAAAUCUCAUUGGAAAAUGAAGUGAGAUUUUGUUGUUAUCAGAAAGCACUGGAAUCUACAAAACCAUUUUCCAGAAAAAUGUAAACCAAGUUCAUGGCUGGCUUUAAAUAUCCGGUAUUAAAUAUCAAAUGUCAAUAGAUAUUUAAUAUCAAUAGGAUCGACUGUGACAGGAGAAACAUGAGCUACUUCAUGGCACCUGGUAAAUGUAGUAUUAUUCCUGGUGGAGCAUUAGUGGUUAUUACAAAUUCUUUGGCACAUGUUGAAUAAUGACUGUCAUUGUCUCUUAUUCUAGUGGACUGCCGUGUCAGAUGUUUACUUAAGGACCAAAUGCUAUAUUUUGACAAUACAUUCCUGUUUUUUUAUUUAGCAUGGUUAUCUAUAUAUCUGGUAUGGUAAUUUGAAUGGUUUUUAUAUUUUGGAAAAUCUCAAUAAAUAAAAAAACAGGCCAAUUUAUUAAAUAAGCUGGAUAUGCCUUCUCCCUCCUCCUCCCCCUUCCUGAAUUCUUUGCUUUAAGACUGCAUUCCCUGUUACAGCGUAUCAUUCUACACAGUGUUUGUGUAGCCUUGUAACUGUUUUGUUUUCUUUACCCCUCAGAUUCUGCUGAAGGAGUAUAAUUUUGACAGCAAACAUAAGCCGACUUUCACCGAAGAGGACAUAUUAAACAUAUUCCCAGUGGUGAAACAUGUCAACCCCAAAGCAACUGAUGCGUUCCAUUUCUUCCAGAGUGGGCAGGCUAAAGUACAGCAGGGUGAGUGUGUUCUAUGCCAGUCCUCACUUUAGGUUUCACUCCCUGUAAUAUUGAAUACAUUUUGGGAUACAUUCACUAAACAAAAAAUUAUUGUUAUGAGACACGGUGACUAGAGCAUUUUCAGUUUCUCUCUUAUUUCAAGUUAGACGCUUGCAUCACUGGACUUUUUUUUUUGUUUUUUUUAAGCUAGCACACAAACUCUUUUAAACCAAUAUUAAAACAAAAAAAGCAAACUGUAUGUAAUAUUUCUACACUUGGUAAUGUUCCGUGGUUGGGCAUGCCUCUUCAGCCUCCCCACCCAUCUCCCUUUCAGACCAGUCCAGUAAUGACAGUAACAGGGCAUCAUUGUGCAGCAGCAGGAGAAAGCAAUCAAUGGAGCCUGCUCUGCAUGAAUCACACUGAUCAGGCUCCCUCUGUUCUCCACCUAUCAGAUGUUGCAAGAUGAAGAGAUCUUCCAACUGCACGUGUGUGAAUUUGUCCAGCAUAACAAUGCACUUUUAUAGCAUUCCUAGGGAUAGGAAACUAGUUGGAUCAGUGUCUCCCCUGGAGUGGGUGUGCCAAGCAUAAGCAAGCAGAAGCAGGUCAACAUGGAAAAAAUGAAAUCCUAUUUACUAGCUUUUUCAGUCUGCAGAGUGGUGAUAUUCCCCUAAAGAAGGCAUGUUGGUGGAAAAUUGCCCCAAAUUUAGGAAGCUCAGGGGAGUAUAAAUUGAAAUACUGAUCCUGGUUUGGCUAUAAGUGGGCACUAUUUUCUUUGGCCAGCAGUCAGUUGGUAAAUCAAUGCAGGAUACAAUGCUGUUCUUUAAAUGUACAGGUCCACAAAGUAGGCAGUGCAGUUAUGGACCUUUUCUGCCAUGCUUGUUUAUGCUCUUUGUCAUGAAGAAUUCUGUCUGACAGCUGUCUGGAAUCUUUCUUUAGGUUUUCUGAAGGACGGUUGUGAAUUAAUCAAUGAAUCCUUAAAUUUGUAUAACAAUGUCUAUGGUGCCAUGCACGUGGAGAUUUGUGCCUGCCUACGACUUCUAGCACGGCUCAAUUACAUCAUGGGCGACUAUUCUGAGGUAAACCAACCAUUGGCUAUGAGCACAGCGAGGAGAUAAUUAUAGUCGGCAGCAAUAUAGAUUUUAGUUAGGAGAAUUUAAUAUUAUCAGAUAUCAUAUAAUCACUUUUGAGUGUAUUGCAUUAUUUUCCUUCUUAAUGGCUAUUUCUUUCCCCUCUUAGGCCUUAAUCAACCAGCAGAAAGCUGUAAUAAUGAGUGAGAGGAUACUUAGCGUUGAACAUCCCAGCACCAUCCAUGAAUAUGUAAGUAUAGUUUAAUUUUUUCUCAUCUCUGUAUGCAUUCUCUAUGCUGACUGACAGGGAGCCAAGAUGGAGGCACCCAGUUGGAGAAUACAGAGGUGUGGGUUUUCAAAAAAAAAUUUCCCCUCACCUUUUCACUUAUCAAAAGAUCUUUGUUAAAUAUAGGGAUAAGUAAACCUAAUAUAAAUAAUCCUGGUUGUGGCAGUUCCUCUUGGACCAUUUAAUGCUUUACAGUGAAAGUUAAAGGACCACUAUAGGCACCCAGACCACUUCAGCUUAAUGAAGUGGUCUGGGUGCCAGGUCCAUCUAGGAUUAAUCCUUUCUUCUAUAAACAUAGCAGUUUUAGAGAAACUGCUAUGUUUAUAAUAGGGUUAAUCCAGCCUCUAGUGGCUGUCUCAUUGACAGCCGCUAGAGGCGCUUCCGUGCUUCUCACUGUGAUUUUCACAGAAAGAAGACGUCGGCGUCCAUAGGAAAGCAUUGAGAAUGCUUUCCUAUGGACUGGCUGAAUGUGCGGCUCGUGCCGCGCAUGCGCAUUCAGACAAUGACGAGGAGGAGAGGAGGGGGAGAGUCCCCCGCCCGGCGCUGGAAAAAGAGGUAAAUUUAACCCCUUCCACCCCCUCCCUUGUGGGAGGGGGGGCCCUGAGGGUGGGGGGGCCCUAGAGACCCUAUAGAGACAGCAAAACGAGUGUGUUUUCCUGGCACUAUAGUGGUCCUUUAAUUGUUUCCCUUUGUCAAACACCAUUAUUAAAAGGACGCUAUAGUCACCAGAACCACUAUAGCUUUAUGUAGUGGUUCUGGUGUCUGCAGCCUUGGCACUGAGAAAAGGCUGCUGGCAAGUAAUACCUCUAGUUGCUGUCCACUAGAGGUGCUUUCUGUGUCAGUGCUGCACAGUGUGAACGUUUUCUAUAGAGAUGCAUUGAUUCAAUGCACAUCUAUUGGUAGAUGCUGAUUGGCACACAGAAAACAUUCGAUUGGCUGCGAUCAUCAAAAUUGAUGCUCUCAGCCACACAACUAUUCAAACAAAAAUAUACAUGUUCCAGUUGGACUUUUAAAGAAAGCAUAUGUUUAAAAUUGAUGAAACACAAAAUGGUAUUCUUUGCCAACAAAUAUAUAAAUCCAUAUUGAAGGAAAAAAUAUACAAAUGGAUUUUACUUCACAAUGACAAGUGUCUUUUCCUGAUAUUACUUGUCCUUGGUUACAUUCCAUCACUUAAUAACGAUUAUUCUUUGUGUCUUGUUUUUUUUAGGUUAAUCUAGCAUUAUAUUGUUUUGCAAACAACCAACUUUCCACCGCAUUAAAUUUGCUGUACCGGGGACGCUAUCUCUUGCUGUUGGUGUAUGGAGAGGGACACCCAGAUAUGUCUCUGUUAGAUGUAAGUGCAUUUUUGGAUAUUUACAUAUUUAUGUCAAACAUAUCUAGUCAAAAAAAAUCUACUACAUGAUGUAGAGAGACUAAACAAAAUCCCAUUAGAAAAAAUUCAUUUUUAGUCACUCUGCAUUGCAGUUUGGGCAUGUUUGUAAAAACCCAACACUUCCUGCUGAAUAGAAGUCAGGGCAGAGCACAAUGGGUAUAGAGCAAGGAAAGUCAACCUUCGGCACGCCAGAUGUUGUGAACUACAUCCCCCAUAAUGCUCUAACACCCAUAAUGCUGGCCAAGCAUCAUGGGAGGUGUAGUCCAAAACAUCUGCCGUGCCGAAGAUUGCCUAGGUCUGGUAUAGAGUGUCUACUUUUCUAUUGGAAUCUUUCUAAACACUUUACCGAACAGUUCUUCAUCAACACAGCCUGGUUACAGGGCAUUAAGUUUGUGGGGGUUUUUUGUUUUUUUUCUGUUUUGUUUUUUCUUUGUGUAUUUUGCUUGUGAUAGAAAACCACAGAACCUGAUCACAUGACAAAAUCAUGGUGUUUAGCCGUAAUCUUCAAAGGUUCAAAUUAUUUUUUAAAUAGGAUUGAAGUAUCUCGUAGUAUCUGAUUUUCAUAGUAAAUGUUUACAGUCCUGAGCUCCAUCAGCAGGUCAGCUGUGCUUCUUAGUAUAACCAUAUCUUUAAUGUUCCAUCUGGCCAUGUUAACUCAUGCUCUGUUUAGUAUCUUAGGUUUGCCUGUAGUGUAAUUCUUGGGAAUAUGUGUUGCUUUGUUCUCUCUGGUAUUUAGAUUAUCACAGCCCAUUAAAUUAGCUUUUUUUUUUUUUACUUGUCUCCUUAGAGCAACAUUGGACUAGUGCUUCAUGGAGUAAUGGAAUAUGACCUCUCCCUCCGAUUCCUGGAGAAUGCUCUCACAAUAAACACCAAAUAUCAUGGAUCCAAGUCUCUGAAAGUAGCACUCAGGUGAGAUUGCUUUCAUUUAAAGGCCUGUUUCUAGGAAUUCAGCUUAAUUCUAUAUCUUUUCUGCACUUGCGUUGGUGUGUUUGUUUGCGGAAUGAAAAGGAUUUUGAGGGGAGAAGGGUUAUUUUAUUUUUUUGUCUAGGAUCUAUCCAAUAUAGUUUGUAAAAUCCUCUGAAAGUAAUUCAGUUAAUGGGAUGAAUUGGUGGGGGUUACAUGCUUUCUGUUGGCAAGGAGAGCUGACACAACCUCUUCUCUGCCUUACCCCAUAUGUGAGGUUAGAAGGGUUCAACUUCUCCCUGAUUCUGGAUUGGAGAAUGCCUGAAAUGAACAGCUCCCCGAUUUUAUGACUGAUAAAUGUAAUAUUAUGGCAUUGGAGGCUAUUGUAAACCGUAAUUUCCAAUGUGACAUUUCAUGCAUCAAUUACAUUAUGGACGUACUAUGUAUAGAAGUUAAAUGGCUUUGAUUUUCCUUUUUAGCCAUCAUCUUGUAGCCAGAGUGUAUGAAACCAAAGGAGAGUUCCGCUCGGCCUUACAACACGAGAAAGAAGGGUAUACAAUCUAUAAAAACCAGGUAUGCCGUAACCUCCCUUUUCCAUUAGAUACACAUAGUGCAAUCAGUAUGGCAUCUAUUCCGUGUCAUAUUUACCAUUUCAUGUUGUGCAAGCUUUUGUUGAUUUGAAACCAUCCUAAUGGAGCUCUGAGCUGUUGAUUUGCAGUGAAUACAUCCCAAUUCCCUGAUUUGCCUAUUUGGGCAUAAUUUUGUGUAAGCAUCCCAGUCCACUUUUGCCAUAAUGCACCAAUUGCCGAAAGACCUCUUAAUGUUUAAUGCUGGUAUUGCAAAUAGGCUAAAUGGAUUGCUCUGCAUUAUGGGGGAUGUAGUCCACAUAUUUUACCAGCCAACUAAUCUCUAAAUAGGACAAUCAUUUUAUGAAUGGCAUUUCUUUUGAAUUCUACCUAGCUUGGGGAGCAACACGAAAAGACCAAAGAGAGCUCAGAUUACUUAAAGUACUUGACACAACAGGCCGUGGCUUUACAGCGUACAAUGAAUGAAAUUUAUAAGAAUGGAUCCAAUGCCAAUAUAAUGCCUCUAAAGGUAAGUGUUUCUUUACCAGACUGAGAGGUGUAUUCUGCUUCCAUUAAUAUCGUUAAUCGUUCUGAUAUACAUGCCAUUACUUGGGUUUCAAUUAACUACAACUCCAUACUGAGGCCCAUGAAGUACUACCUACAAUGUAAGCUAAGGAUUGUUAUAGAAAGUUAAACUGGGUUCAUAACUAGUGAGUCUCACCCCCUCCCUCCUCCUCCACAAAGCGCUCACUGAAAAACUGCAACAAAUGUGAAUUUGCUGCAAAUGCAGGCAUUUCAGAUAUGAUUUUUACUUGUGAAAAAUUUUUUACCGUAUUUUUAUUUCAUUGUCUAUAUUGUGUAUCAGACCAGUUAACCCCAGCGUGGAGUGUCCCUUUUGUUUCCAUAUGUUAUUUAUACUAAAUUUCUGUAUACACUUCACUAAUAUUUAUGCCUGAUCCUAAGCAGUGUCAACUUUUUUUUUUUUUUUUUUUUAACCCAGUACUUUUUCCAGCAGAAUAAGCCCUGGUCAAAAUUUAAUUCUCACAGUGACAAAUAUAUUGCCUUGCUUAUCAGUCAUGACCCCACAGGGGACACUUGGCACAGGUCAAACUAGCGCUGGGAUUUCUUGGCUAACUCAUAGUCAUAUCACCAGCACCUGUUCUGCAUUCGGGACAUAAAGGCCGUACUCCAUUAAACGGAUUAACAUCUUUAUUCACAUACAAAAUUAUAUUUAGACAUCAAAUGCAGAGGAGGGGGGAGAAUGCACAUAUGCAAAUGUGUUUCCCACUAGACAUACUAGUGUCUUAAAGGGCCAGAGAGAACCCAUCCACCUGUCUGCACUCACACGAUAGGACCUUUCGAAUUUAGAACGCUUCACUGCUGCACUAUUGAAUUAAGGCAUAAUAGAACCUACAUUUGCUUCCUGUUUUUGAAUUUUUAGGUAUAAAACGGACUGUAUUUUGUGACUUCCAAAGUUUUAUAUAGAAUUUUUAUUUAUUCUAUUCUUUCCUUAGCCUGUUUUUCAGGCUUGCGUGAUGGUAGCUCAGAUAUAUACAAUAAUACAUGUGCAAAGAUUAAUUUCGCUUUAGUUUUUUCCCAUUUACAAAGAAUUCAGAAAUAGUGGAAACUCAACCAGUAUCAUUUGCUUCAUUGUUAAAACAUGGAAUGUUGCAGGUUUUAGAAUUGUUCAGGAUUUUUAAAGCAGCAAACAUAUUCUGCAGCAGAGUACAAUUAGGGGACUCCUGACAAUACAACAUACACAGAGCAGUACAAAAGGGUGCGAGAACCUGGUUUGUGAACAUAAAAUCUUGCAUUUUCAGCACUUUUCUACAAAAUGCUUAGCAAGAUAGCUUGUGACCUUUUACCAUUUGAAGCUUGCAAUACCAAUCUCAUCAGCUGCACGUGUACCUCUGACAGUCAUUGAGAAAGCCGUGUGGAUAACAUUUAAUUUUUGUUCUUGCUUUCUUAGUUCACAGCUCCAAGCAUGUCUAGUGUUUUGGAUCAACUUAACAUUAUCAAUGGAAUCCUGUUCAUCCCACUCAGGUGAAUGAUUCUUUUUUUAUUUUAUCUUGUUGUAUAUUUACUGUAUCCUUUGAAGAUAUAAUCAAGUUUGCUCCCGGGUUACACAAGCAUAAGCUCGAUGUUCCGUAUCUUCCUCCUUUGGCUAGAUCUUAUACCCGCCUGCUUAGAUAUAGCUUAUAGUGAAGUGGGAACUUGACCACAAAGUUCUGGCCAUAUGUGUGGAAUGCCUUUCCCCGUUCUGACCUUGGUGAACAUAGUUUCCUUUCCAGGCAUGGCAACAGGUAAUUGCUGCUCUUCCUCUAGAGCACGUGAACGCAUCCCAGUCUAUAUAUAUUCCAAAUCAGACUUCACAUUAGAACUAAAGUUAGUAAACCCAAAAUUCAGGACUGUUUGUGUUCCAUUCUCUAUAGUAAGGGUUUCUAUCUUCUCUUAAUGCAUUUCUCUGCUUGUCUACAUUUUUUGGUCAAUCUAUCUGGAGGGCCGGCUUCAGUACGAACUCAGGUCUCUAGUAAUCAGUCCAAAUACUCGUGUUGUCCCGGUUCACUUUCUCAAUGCCGUGAUCUGAAACUUCUCGUUCAUGUUUUCUCCUGCCUGUUGUGCUUACCAGUAUAAUUUCUUUAGUCAUAGGGACCUGGAGCACCUGAGAGCGGAAGUUCAACGUCGCCACCUGCUCCAAGAAUCCAUAAAAAUAGCUGAAAACCAAGAAGGGAAAGUGCAAGAAACUAAAGAGCAAGAAGAGCCUCAAACUAGCACAACAACAAACGAAACACCUGAGACACAGAACUCUGCUUAGUCCUCCACUGCCUUUUUCUUUUUCAGUGUAAAACACCAUUUUUAGAACAUUUAGGCUCAAUGAGUUUUCUAACCUGACUUUAGUGGGUGGAAACGAUAAGCUGCAGAGGUACAAAUGCAGUUAAAAUAACAAUGCAAAAGAACUAAUCCAUAAUCCAACAAUCUAAACUCUCUCUGCACCACCUGUUUUUGCUGCACUGAGGCACCUCCGUCCCGAAGCAGAAGCAGGAAAAGUGGGUUUGACUCUGCCCGAAAACCAGGAUCUAAGUUUGUGUGUUUGUGUGUGUGAUUUAAAAACAAAAAAUAAAAUCCAGUUCUACCUUUGUAUAUUGUAGGAAAUCAGCAGGUGUGCUGUUUAGAUGUGACUGAACCUUUCUCAGGUCAUUUCCUAUGGGAACUCGAACAGAGUAUAAUUGAUGAGAUGUGGAAAACAAGCCAGAUCUAAGUUGCAUCACUGUGUUCUGAGCCGAAAGGUGCAACAAACAGCCCUCCACUAAGCCAUACACAGAGGGGAUUAAGCCCCUAGUAUUCCACAGCACGUUUUGGCAAACAGUAACCAGGAUCAUGUUCUGUGGUGUCACACGCUAGAUUUCUAAACUAGGGGAUUACACAUAGUAAAAUGUCCUAUGCUUCCGUCCGCCUAUUCCUUUCAUUAUUAGUCUCGUGUAUUAUAUACUUUGUGUUUUUGUUUUCUUCCUGUAUGGUGAUUGAGGCUUGUGAAUCAUGCGUAUUUAAGUAUUCUCUGUUUGUCUUCUUGCUGUUAUUUCUCUCUAAACUACACACAUUAUUAGUGCCUGAACAUAUAACAGAGCCAUGGUCACAACAGUAUUUUAGUGAAGAGGCUAAUGCUUUGGGGAAUAAAUGCCAUAUCUAGUUGUCCUGUGGACAUAAUUUCUUCUUCACCUUUUAUGGCCAGUCUUUGUUUCGAAGAAGCAAAGUUUUUGUGCCAUUUUUGUGUUUAAAGCUUUUUUCAAUUUCCCCUCUCCCUUCUGUUUAACCAUUGACCAAGGCACGGUGUUAUUAAAAAUUGACACUAUAGUGAAAAUUACAAUGGAUAAAAUUGAUCAGGCAAAACUUCUAGAUGGCUGGUUCCUACAGAACUUCAAAGAGUAGUAUAUAUGUUGUCUUUCUUUCUUUGUAGUGUCUUUGUUGUAGCAACUUUUGAUUGUGAAGACAGUAUUUGUCCUUCAUCACUUGCCUUAACUCUAGAAUUCUGCAGUUCUUCAGCACUCUCCUGGAGCUUGGCAUAAUUCUGUAAUCUUUGGCUGCUCCAUCCUUUUUGAGAAAAUAACUUAAAAAUAUUUAAAUAAAUUAAAUAACUAAAAAAUAGACUUGCUACUGUUGAGCUGCAGUAUGUUAAAGAGGGCUAACCCCACACAGGCUUUUUUUAUUUUUUUUUCAUUUUUCAUGCUGUUCUAUUUGCACAAAAGGAAAUAAUUCUAGGGAGACAGUGGACUGGUUCCAUUGCAUAUGUCGGAAGAAUGUAACACCUUAUAAUCUAAAGGAUCCUGAAAAUCCUCGUAAUUUUAAUUGUUAUUCAGAAGUCUAUGGGGCAGGGGAAUCUGCAGGUUUAUAGCAUUUGUAUAACAAUUUAUAGAUUUCAUAGGACUCUUUUUAACCACCUGGUGCAGAGUAUUCUGGGUAAAUCUUUAUUUUGAGAAUAGGAGACCUGGUUUAUUUUAAUGUUUCAAUUACUUUUUUAUAUUUUUGCGCUUUUUUUUUUCUUUUUCUUCAGUAUUUUGGUUAAUAAUUGUAAUCAUUAUAUCAUUGUUUUCGUGGGAAAAUAGCCUUGUAUUGUGUUGCUUACAAUCAAGUUACUAACAAUCACUUGUAAACUGUACAGCUCCGAUUGUAAAACAUGUAAACAUUUUUGUGUUUCGAUUGUGAUGUUUGUUAACCUUAGCCUGGUGUACAAUUCUCUGCUUUGCAGGCUCUUUUGACACAGCAGAUACCCGAUUACUACUGCUCUCCUUCAAUCUACUUUUAUGAUUGUUGAAAAGCUGCUGUGUAUUGUUUUAUGGGGAUAAAAAAAAAAAAAAAAAAAAAAAAAUUAAUUUGGGGGAUGGCCUUUUACCAAACAAUCGCAGGUAAAGCAAAAAAAAAAAAAAUCAUUGUUGUCAAUCAUAAACAGGUUCUUGAACUUUGGAAAUUUUAGCCUUCAAUAAAUUGAGGACAAUGUAGUGUGUGGAUCUAUUUUUUAUUUAUCUUAUAUAUAUACCGGUACAAGAAUUGACAAAUGUUUUGUAUUUUAACUUCAACCAACACCAUGUGUAAAGUUUGGAAAUAUAUUUUCUGUGUAGCCUGGCAUAAACAACAUCUGUUGUUGGCUACAAUGCUGCCAUGGGUUUAUAGAACUCUUGUCCCUUGGCACAAUUGCUUAAUUUAGUAUUAACCCAUUUUUAAAUGAUUUAACACUGAAUGAGAGUUUCCAGCCUCCACUGGAAUUAUGUCUAUGGCAAAGAUCACACUCUGCUCUAGCA